AUUGCUGAGCUUUUCGCAAAGGAGGGAGGCGCGCCGGAGGAAGGGGCGACGCAGGCAGAUAAGCGCAGCAAGAGGGAAAAAAUAUUUCUCCAAAAAAAAAAAAAAAAAAGGAAGAAGAGGAGGAGGAGGAAAAGGAGAGGGGGCUACUGGUUGCAAAUGAAUUCUUCCUUUGGCCCCCUUUUUCUUCUAUCUUGCAACACACACUUUCCCCCCCAGCGCCUACCAGCACCAAAGGAGCUCAGCGCACAAUCCGGAAAAGGCGAAGAGGAUAGGAUUUCUCCUGCGUUCCUGCGUUGUUAUUCUUGGGUGUGUGUGUGUAUAUGUGUGUGUGUGCCUCUCUCUUUCUCUCUCUGUGUGUGUGCGUUUCCCCCCCUCCCCGAUCCCCCCCUUCCCCCUUCUUUCUUUCCUUCCCACCCCCUCCAAAAAAGAUGCGUUUCUUUCUCCCCAGAUUACUGUCUCAAUCUUCUCCUCUGGAUCUGGGCAGGCGCCUCAAACUUUCCGGAUCUGCCGAAAAGCUGGUGCCAAGGCGAGGAUUUAUAAAACUUUACUGACCGAGGGGAUCUAGACAGACCUCGAUAGACCCAUCCUUUUUUAAAAAAAACAACAACCUCUCUCUCCCUUUCUCUCUCGAUCUCUUUUUUUUAAAACAUGCAAAAUAACAAUAUUAUUAGUAUUCUCUUUUGCGUGCGUCUGCGCUUUUAGCCCCGGUCUGUUUGCAAAAAAAAAGAGGAGCGCUGUUCUCUGUCUCUGCGUUCUUGGAUUUUUGUGUGUGUGUGCGCGCGAGACAGAGAGAUUGUCAAAGAAAGAAAACAAAGGAGAAGAAAGAGAGAAAAGGGGGGGGGGAGAGGAAAAAGACUGAAGGGGAUUUGGUGCCCCCCUUCCUCCACAAAAAAAAGGAGUUGUGCUUCUCUCGCAGUAAUGGCCCCAGGAAUCUCAUGGGUUGGAUUUUAUACAGGUCUCCUGUUCGCUCUGCUAGAACUCUGGUUUAUAGAAGGGCUCAGCUUGGAACCAAUCUAUUGGAACACCUCGAACAAAAAGUAAGUAUUUUGGAGUGUGUGUGUAUCUGUGGGUUGUGUUCCCUGCUUACGCACCGGGUCCAAAGUAUGUCGUGUGCUGGGAUGGCGUGGGGGGUAUUGCACUGUGCAAAUUCUCCUGGUGGGGUGUGCGCGCACAAGUUUGGCACAGGGUGGGGUGGGGGAAUCUAUGUGUGCAUCAUGUUAUUUUUUUAAAGAAAUGAAAUCUUACUUGGAUUCUUGAGUUGGCAAAAUCCUGGACUCAAAAACCAGAGAAUCUAGGGAAAUGCAAUCUCCCUUGUGCUUUGGUGCGGGUAGUUGUGGUGGUCAGAUUUCAAGGGAGUCCUUCUACAGAAGGCUAGUUUCACACCAGUUUCGCUCCAGCUCCUUCACAUUUUUAAUACAUUCCCCUUUUGCAAACUUCGGGAUCGUCCAUUUCCUACUCCUGUGGGUUUCAUCCGGCCGGGUUAGGAGGAAAAGACUUGGAACCGGGUGAGAAUUUGAUUCUUGGGUUUGCAUCAAGAGCUGUUUGUUUAAAAAAUAUAUAUACAGUAUAUCCAGAUUGAGGCAAGUUUUGAUUCCAGUGUCUUCCUCUCCUUCAGUGUGGUUUCCUUCUCUCUCCCUCCCCUCUUAGCCCUGAAGAGUUUAUUUUGAUAACUGACUCCAGCUAGUUAGGGGAGGUUUAUCCCUGACUCCACAGGGUUUGGAAAGAUAACUCGCAUUUGAAAGUUCCAGCCACCCCUCUCUGCAAAAUAGCACUACCAAAGAGUUGUCAGCUGUGUCGGUGUGUGUGUGUUUUGUGUUCUUAACACCCUGAUGCUGAAACACAUUUGCUCCUGGAAGUUAAUUUCAGUGGAACUCCCCUAAUUAAAUAUGGAAUGUCAGCAAUCCAGGAGGGUUUGCACCCUCUGUGGGCCGGGGAUAACUUAAAAACCAUGCUCAUCUGUAAUCUAAAGAUUGAAUGAUGAGCUUGUAUGUGUUGCUGCGAUGGCCUUUUUUUCCUUUUUGCAAACCAGCUGCUGCAAAGAGAUUUUCUGCGCACUUGAUGUUUGGUUCCAUAAUGGUUGUUGAAAAGGCACUGGGGCGUGUGGAGGUGUGUUGGUGUGCAAGACUUGGUGCUUUCAACUUUUUUGGGGCGAUUUGGGUGGGUCUGUGCCAACUGGGUUCUGUAACUAUCUGUGUUCCUUUUUUGUGUGCUCACAUCCACUCCUGUCUCUGUCUCUCUUUCUCUUUGUAUGUGUGGAUUAAAUGUUCAAAACGCACAAAUCCUUUUUUGGGGGGCGGGUGGGGGCACCCCCCCCGCUUGGGAAGUUGUUCUGCGGUGCAUUGAAAUGAAUGGGCAGGACAGGAAGUUCUUAUGCGCUGCCCAUUUUUGUAAAAUGCAUGUGCUCACAUGCAGACACACACUCUCCCUCCCAGAUCACAGCUUUAAUAGGUCAGACUAAAAACAUACUUUUAUUUCUUGCUCCUCUUUUCUCUGAGUUUCCAAAACUGGUCAGUUUCCCCCUUGAGCUCUUGAGAUGGGAUGAAUACUUUCUCUCCCCCUCUCUCUCUCUCUUAAAACACACACACACACACACACACACACACACUGCUGCUUGAGUCCCAGAAACUGACUCCCAUCUGUUAACAAUUGUGGCUAAACCCCCAAUAACUUCUGAAACCCUAGUCCUCCUUGCACAUUUCCCCCCCUUCUCCUUAAGCAAGGAGGAGGUUGGAUUGGAAUAAUUUACAUAGGAACUGAGAUUCAGCAUCACAUCAUUUUUAUUUCUUAUUUUUGAAAAAAGAAAGAAAACACAGUGUUGGGGAAUUGGGGAGGGGGCGGGGGGGCGGGGGGAGAGAGAGAGGAAAGCAAGGCGGUUGUUUGUCAGAAAAAUCUCUCUCGCACUUGGGGGAAAAAAACCUGUGAUUCAUAAGUGCUACAAUUUGCGCUCUGUCGCCAUGCGAGGCAACGCUUCCUAGCAACAGAAAUAUAUAUUAGAACUUAAUAGGCCUAUUUGCCUAAAUCAUGGUGUGUGUGUGUGUGUGUGUGCAUGUGCGUUUUUCUCUUUCUUUCUACCUUUUCUCUCACCUUAGAAAUCUCCAAAGGGAGGAGGGGAAAUUAUGUUUUUUAAAACAUCACACAUUUCCUCCCCCCUCGCCCACUCCUUGAUAAAUGUGCACAUCUGAUCAUCAAAACUCUGUUGGAAACAAUCAAAAGGGACAUUUACUUAUUUAAAAAUUGCAAACCUGAGCAGAGGAGGCCUCCAGACUCUCUCUUUUCUCUUGGUUUUGUGGCCACAAUUCAGUGGGAAUUUUCUCCAGCGUUGAAGCCCCAUAGGAAUGAAUGGGUUUGGCAAGAACACAGACUGCCUUCUGCCCAAGGCCACAUUCAUGCCGGUGGGGCUCCCACAGCAGAACUUUGCAAAAAAAAUUCCAACAUACAACUGCUGCUUUCUUGUAGUUAUUUUCCUGCAGAUUUAGGUCUGAAAGGGGAAGGAUGGGCCAGAGGAAAGAGUGGUCCAGGCAGCUUCAGCUAGUUAGAGUGGCGUAAAAAAAUUAGGGAAGGGGGAGCACUUCUCUCCACUGGAAAAAUUGUGGGCAAAGGGGGGGCAUAUCCUCAAGAAGCUCUGGCAUGUGGGCUGCCCGCGAUUGUUUAAAACCAAGCAAGCAAAGGUUGUUUCUCAGAGGAAAAAGUUGUUGUUUCCCGAGAACCCUCACAGAGCAAUCGCUUUUUAAAUUGUUCUGCCCAACUCAGCAAAGAUUGUGUAGCUUGAGCGUAUAUCUUUCCUAUCCAUUUUGUGGCUGGGGGUUUCUCCUCCCCGCUCUCUUCACUCAUCUCAAGCCCCCUCAGAAGAAAGAGAGAGUUUAGCAUGAGUUGUGCAUCUUUUUUUGUGACUCCUGCAGCCGCCACUUCUGGCGUGCGAGUUUGGUGUGAACUGGAAUAUUUGUGUUUGUGUCUGUUGUGCGUACCUGUUUUGUUCUCCUCCCAAGCCAGAUGGCUGCAAUAGAUUAAUCAACUUAGAAAGCUUUUUUUAAAAGUUGAUUGAUCUGCUGCCUCGGCUGUCUUAAUGGCGCAUGUUUGUUUGUGAGGAGGUGAUAUUGGUCCCGGCGUAUGACUGCUGCAAAGGUCACGCAGAUACAUUAAAGGCAGGCUUUCCUUCCGGCAACAGCUUUUGAUUUUUAAAUAGUUGCCUCCUUGCGUUUUCCUCCCAUAUCUCAGCGAGCUGAGGUUCCCGUAAUGUGCAAAUUUAUUUAAAUGCGACGAGUUAAUGAGUCAAUAAAUUGGUUGACCGCCGUAUCAAAAAAGGUGAGGCGUCUUUUCAAAAGUAAAGGUUGCGAUUCUUCCAUCCUGGGGUCCGUCUCAGCCGGAAGGGUGUUUGUGGAGGGAGAGGGGAAAAAACACCCACCUGUGAUGGUUAUUGUGGCAAAAAUAAAUAAAUUAAUCGCGUACGUCUAAAAGGAUGUGAGAGUUAAAUGCAAUAUCUCCCCCUCCCUGGAGUUGCUCAUCUAUUCUUUAUUAUUAUCAUCUUUCUUUCCCAGUGAAAAAAAGGAGAGUGUGCUUUGCAUUUUUUGCCUUCGCGAUCAGAUGGCAAACAUUUUAGCCCCAGAGAUGGGAUGUCUUGUCCUCCAAGGGAUCUGAAUUCGUCCUCUUCUCGUUUCUCGCAACCCAGCCCUAUUUGAAAUUCUGCCACACCCUGUAGACUUGGCUGAGAUGGCUCUCAAGUGUCCUGGUGCCUCUGUGACACUACAUCUCAUUGUGGAUUGCGAACCCACGGGUAUCUCCUUUAAUUCCCCUUCGUCCACUCGGCUUUCUCCUCGAAAUCCCGCUGUUCCCGCAACUUCCCUUUCCCCUAAAUCCAGAGAUUACCCAUGCGACCGUUGUGGCUCUCUGCUAUUUGGAUUUUUCAAAACGUAGGGGAUCUCUGGAUUUAGAUAGCGGGACAGUGUUGGACGGCAGGAGUUGGAGGAGAUAUUAAGCCAAGAUGUGGACGGGGCCCUUAAUCUCUUUCAGGUGCCAGUGUGAAUCCCGUAAACGUAGAAUCUCCUGCAGCCUGGUUUUGAUCAGCUAUGUUUCUACACCUGCCCUCGAUGUUCAUCUUUGUUGGCACCCAUCUUGCCCCGAGAGUCAAUGGAGUGUGCCUCCGGGGGUGAAGUCAAACGGCUACGUUUGCUUGUCCCCGGGGCGCAAUCCUGGGAGGUGCGUCCGGAGGUCCUGGGCUGCCCAGAUGACAAGACCCCUCUCUUGGCUUCACUGAUGUGGUCCAAAGGGAAGCAGAGAGCAAGACGUUUGACACCAGGCGUCGUAUCUGUGCAGGCACAGCGAUCCAGAGGUGCAUGCCAUCACACAUGACCACAGACUUACGGCCUGCCUCUGUGUCGGGUGGACGAGGUGUGUGACCUUCCAGAUCAUGUUCAACUGUAACUCUCAUCAUCCGUCACCGCUAGCCAUGCUGGCAGGAACUGCUGUGGGUUAGCAGUCCAGAAAACAUCCGAAGAGAAGCUCCACCACUUCCUUGCCUUGUGCAGAAGGUGCUUUCAUGCCCCAGCCGUGAAAGAUGUCAGGUUGGACAGCUUGGUUGGUUAGAGCAGGGUGCUGAUAAUGCCAAGGUUGCAGGUUUGAUCCCUGUAUGGGACAGCUGCACAUUCCUGCCUUGCAGGGGGUGAUAAUGAUAAUAAUAAUAAUAAUUUUACCCCACCCGUCUGGCUGGGUUUCUCCAGCCACUCUGGGCAGCUUCCAACAGAAUAUUAAAAUAACCUAUUAAACUUUAAAAGCUUCCCUACACAGGGCUGCCUUCAGAUGUCUUCUAAAAGUCUGGUAGUUGUUUUUCUCUUUGACAUCUGGUGGGAGGGCGUUCCACAGGGCGGGGGCCACCACCGAGAAGGCCCUCUGCCUGGUUCCCUGUAACUUGGCUUCUCGCAGUAAGGGAACCGCCAGAAGGCCCUCGGAGCUGGACCUCAGCGUCCGGGCAGAACGAUGGGGGUGGAGACGCUCCUUCAGGUCUACUGGGCCUUUGAGGCCGUUUAGGGCUUUAAAGGUCAGCACCAACACUUUGAAUUGUGCUCGGAAACGUCCUGGGAGCCAAUGUAGGUCUUUCAAGACCGGUGUUAUAUGGUCUCGGCGGCCACUCCCAGUCACCAGUCCAGCUGCCACAUUCUGGAUUAGUUGUAGUUUCUGGGUCACCUUCAAACGUAGCCCCACGUAGAGCGCAUUGCAGUAGUCCAAGCGGGAGAUAACCAGAGCAUGCGCCACUCUGGAGAGACAGUCUGCGGUUGGACUAUAGCAGGCAGCCCCAACCUUCGGCCCUCCAGAUGUUUUGGACUACAGUUCCCAUCAUCCCUGAGCACUGGUCCUGUUAGCUAGGGAUCAUGGGAGUUGUAGGCCGAAACAUCUGGAGGGCUGCAGGUUGGGGAUGCCUGGACCAGAGGAUGCUCAGGGUCCCUCUGUGAUUCUAAGUCCACCGCCCUCUCCCCUUUUCAGCUCUGGAUUUUAAUCUUCCAGCUCUAACUCGGUGGCUCCGCCAUUUCCACGGAUCAAAACCCUCACUUCCCCCGGAAGCGUGAGUGAUGGAAGCAUUGUGAAGGGGAAAAGCCCUUUGGCUGCCCCAACAAUGAAUAUUUAAGCCGGCGAAAGUACGCAGAGACGUUCUGUGUGCAUUGCAGUGGGAGGCUGUGCGUCGUUCUAAUCUGCGGCUCGGAUGUGUUUGGGCAACGGAUUUCUAUAUUUCCCGAAAAGAAUUGUUUCGUUCUUUUAUUUAUUGAAGUGGGCUGCUUUGGGAGGCCUUAGGACCUGAAAGGCAGCGGGCAAAUUUCGUGUGUGUGUGUGUGUGUGUGUGUGAGACCAGCACAUUAGUCGCAUCAAUGUCCAAAACGCUUUCAAGCAAAGUUGUCCUGGUGUUGAUUUCUCUGUUGUGGCCACAGCUUGUCCCAUGUUUCGACUCACUGCCCAGUGGAGCAGUUAACUAGUUUUUUUAGGUUCUGUUUUAAUGGAAAGCUCCCCUCUUUAGAUUGGGGGUUGUUUCCACCUCUUUCAUAACAUAGUGAGCCCCGCUCUGCUGCGGUUGGGGACCCCCCCCCCCCAAAGUCCUGCCCUCACGACACAAAAUGAUGGCACAAACAGCCUGGGAACUGCAGGUUUCUUCACUUUUUACAGGCCGGAUUCUGCAAUUGCAGCAAUAGGAAAGACCGUGGCUCUAUGGCCAGGGGUCAGCAAACUUUGUCAGCAGGGGGCCGGUCCACUGUCCCUCAGACCUUCUGGGGGGCCGGACUGUAUUUUGGGGAAAAAAAAGAAUGAAUUUCUAUGCCCCACAAAUAACCCAGAGAUGCCUUUUAAAUAAAAGCACACAUUCUACUCAUGUAAAAACACCAGGCAGGCCCCACAAAUAACCCAGAGAUGCAUUUUAAAUAAAAGGACAUAUUCUACUCAUGUAAAAACAAGUUGAUUCCCAGACCGUCCGCACACUGGAUUUAGAAGGCGAUUGGGCUGGAUCCGGCCUCCGGGCCUUAGUUUGCCUACCCAUGCUCUGUGGCAGUACAGAAAACUCAGACAUUAAAUCUCUGAUCAGAAAGCAAGCGAUGCAAAAGACCUUUCUCGGUCCAAGACCCUGGCAGACCACUGGGCUCGAUAGGGAAGGGGUUGCCCUGACGAAGAACAUCUGUUUUUCGUCUGCAAAAGUUGCUGGAUUCAAUCCCCGGCAGGUAGGGCUGGGAAUGUCUCCUUCCUGAAACCUUGCCAGGCAAUGACUGAGCUAAGGUCUAACUCGGUGUAUAAGGCAGUUUUUCCACAUAGAGAACUGGCCUGGUUGAAGGCGAUUCCUGAGAUCUGUGGAUGAAGGGCAGUAUACGUAUUUAAUAAAUAAAAAUACUUGCGGGGCACACUUCUUUUGGGACGUGCGCCUCACGUUUGGGACGUUGCUUUACGUUGCGUUGCAAGCUGUGUUUUUUGCGACAGGGUAGCUGUCUGAUACGACUGUCUCACCCCCGGUGAGAAAAGUUGUGUGGCUUUUUGGGCCACAAGCCGCGAUCAACUUAUACAGUACGGCUGCAUCUUGCGCAUGGGUUCAAUUCCAAGGGUUCCAUGCAUACACGAAAAUCGUGUGCACCCGAAAUCUUGGAGCUCUCCUGCAGCUAGCAGGUAUGGGAAGGAGAGAGCGACUUGCCUAGCAAGCAAGGCAGAGAUCUUAAAAGCUCUUUUUGUGCUGGGUAACCCAAGGGGACGACCCCGUACAAAAAUAAUUUUUAAGUUCUCUGCUUUGCUUGGAUUUGACUUGCGCCGUUUCCACCAGCUGCACAAGGUUGAAAUCGUGCAAGUUUAAAAUGUGCGUUAGUGGUAGUCGUACGGUGCUGUGGAUUUAUCUGAGCUCUGGCGCGCUAAUUUGGAUUAAAAACUUUGCAGGAGUUCUCGUAUACCCCUUGCCCUGGGGGAGUGUCUCAUGUGAUGCUCUGCUCAGUUGCGUCAACUUUAGCCUGCACCCCAGAAGUGUGUACACACCGAGAAGUCAUUCGGUCUGCUCAUCCUAUCUGGCAAUGAUAUUUCUUUCUGAAAAGAUUGUGUUGGCUUCCCUCUUCUCUCCUGUUAUCACAGGUAGGGCAGAUCCACAUCAGAAGCGGGCGGGCGGUUGUUCAGGAUCUACUGGUAAAUCGUCUCCGAAUGAUUUAUAGUAGAUCGUCCAGGGUUUUUGACUCCCUGUUUAAUGCUUCUCAGCAACUGAGGAACACCUUUUCUGCCUUAAACGAAGCUGCUGAAACGUUGAAAACUUGGGAAGAGCCAAGAGUGGACUUUUGUUAUGUGAGCUCGGUUCUGUUCCGGUGCUGAGAACAAAUGUGCUCUCAGGUUCUCGCUAUUUCCAGGUGGGAUUUUAUUCCGGAAAUUCAGGCCUAGGAGUUGCAGUUGCCUGGGAUGUGCUGUGCAACAAAUUCUCUUCCCCAGAAGACCAGACUUUUUAGCGAUAAGGAAAGAUAUACUGGAAAGUGUCAGAUAGUAACACUUGCUCCUACGCCACAUGGUCUAACCUCCCUGAAAACAGAUUGUGAUGAAUGCUAAAUAAAAGGGAGGCUCCUGUAAGAUUCAAAUGUGCUCUGAAUUUUGCUAUUUGCAUGUGGCUCUGGUUGGCAGAUCUUUGGGUCCCCGUAAAAAGCAAAGUAGAUCUGACAGACUUAAAUUCUAUCCACCCCUAAUCUACGCAACAAACUUGCAUAUCUGUUUUUGGUUACCAGUUUUUGCCUGCUUGGUUUUCCUCCUGCCCACCCUGAAAGGAUCUUGGGAACUGUAGUUUUGGUGGCGAUGCCAAGACCUCAAAGAAAUUCUCAGCCUCCUUCGCACAGUUUCCUGGAGAGAACGCCUGACUUCUGAACCAUUUUGAAAGCUGUUGCGUGCAGAUGGAUUCAGCCGGAGUGUCAGACAGCAAAAGGCUGCUAGCCUGACCCAACGCGCAGUCUGUUUUUUUGGCCUAUAGGAGGGCAUCGGUAGAUGUGUAAAAGAUCUGGGAGGAUUUGAGAUUUUGCAUUAAAAUGUUUUCUCCCCGUUGGUUAUCUGAGAAUAAGCCCUGCUGCAGGGCUGCUCAUUUAUUCACAAAAGUAUUUAUAUACCAUCUCGUGUACAAUAUCAGUGGGGUGUAAGACAAUGGAUACUUUAAUAUAAUAAGAAAGACAAAAUACCAUACAGACAUUAGACAGUUCCAAACGAUCAUUUAGAAUGACGGGCCAGUCAUAAGAAAAAUUAAACAGAUCAGGCCCGUUGGCAUAAAAAGGUAUUCAUGAGAUACCCAAAAGUCAGAGGUGAGGAUGACUAAUGAAUCUCCGCUGUGUUGUUGUUGUUGUUGUUUUUAAUUAUAUCCUGCCCUUUCCCUAGGGUGGGACUCAAGGCGUCUUACGCAAAUCAAAACACAGAUAAAACACAGAAGGCUAUGAACGUAUAAAAGAUAAUAGUUAAAAGGCAAAGAAACAAUAAUAAAAUAAAAAUGAAUUUAUUAAACUACAAAUAGAAAAAAAACAGCACAGCACUCUUUAAAAGCCCUUUCCUUUAAAAAACAAAACUGUUAGUCCCCCAAAGCCAGUCAGAAUAAAAGUCUUUUGUUAUCCUGCCGGCGGAAGGGCAGCAAAGAGGGAGCCAGUCUGGCUUCUCUAAGCAGGGAGUUCCAAAGUUGCCUGGGAGCAGCCACCACCAAGAAGGCCCUGCCCCGCGUCCCUGUGAGGGUGGUGGGAGCGAGAGAAAAGCCUGCCCCAAAGAUCCCACAGCCCAGGCAGAUUCAAAGGGGAGAAUACGGCCCUUGAGACAGUCAGCGCCUAAGCCAGAUAGGGAUUUAUAACUCAUAACCGUCCGUGUGAAUUGUGAGCAGUGUCCAUCUCUGUUUUAAGGCGGUUUGGAAGCCACGUUGGCUGCGGUUGAGGAGCGAGGCCUUUGGGUCCUAGCGGGUAGCUCCGUGAAGACACCAACGCUCUGCGUGGCGGCAGCUAGGGAGGAAGCAAAUUCGGCGCGAGGAAUUGCGAUCUGCAAAUAAAACCAGUAAUAGAGCAUAAUGCCGUCACGUGCGAACCUACGGGGCGACCGCGCUUGGGACGCUGUGUAUAGUUCUGGUCACCCCAGAGAAAAGUUUCCUUCCUCUCUCGCAAUCGUAGAACCCAGGGCUGUUUGGUGCAGCUGGGUAGGGCAAGGCGAAAGAAAGUCCUUGUCACGCCGCGUCGUCCAAACGGUGGGCUACACUCCUGCAAGUGACAGGCGCCAUCUUGGAAGGCUUUGCAAAAGGAUUAGGCGGGUUCCCGGAGGACGGAGGCUGUCUGUGGUUGCUAGGCCGUGUUUUCCCUCCAUCGUUUGUUGGAAACCUCGAGAGGGGAGAGUCCUGCUUGCGGUCUUCCAAAGAGGUGGCCGUCAGAACAGGACGCUGGGCUCGAUGGACCUUGGCCCUGACCCAGCAGGGCUUUCUGCUUACGUUCACACAUGCACGCCAACACUUGAGAUGCUUGUGUCAUGCUGCGGACGGAUACUAAGGGGGUCUAACUCGAGCCGCGGACUCUGGGGCACGUCCUGGCGGAAAUGGCACAUGUUCCCGUCAGCCUGUCUGCCUUUGCCUUGGUUUCCCCCGCAGGAAACAACCGCAGCCUUCAUCUCAGGGGUGUUGCCUCUUGCGACGAAUGCCGGCAAUGUUUCCUAACCUCUCCGCAUGGAAAGGAGUCCGCUUGCAAGUUUUAUGCGGAGAUUUUCCGGCCCCGCCGCGGCCUUCCUGCGUAACCUGCAAGCCCCCUCGCUGAAGCUGACCCAAUAAAAGCGAUCCGCUUACCUGUUUCGGUUUGGCAGCUGUAAAAACCAGCAGUCAAUCUGGGUGUAGCUUUGACGGCUCGGCUCCUUGUAAAAUAUUUUCUUCCUCUUGACACCUGGGGAGUUGCCUGUGAUUCCUUGGCAAACAGAUGUCAAAUUGUUUAAGGCGUUUUUUGUCUUUAUCUCCUGUCAGGCAAUUCGGCAUGAAGAAUAUAUUCUUCCCGUUUGCCACUAGGAAACGCCACCCCUUUGCCGAAAAUGUGACAUUUAUGAUAGGUAAGAAUCUCACAUCUUGAGUGCUUCUGUGGAGCUAGUCUGGCACUCAUUCUGGUUUUUCUCUCUUCCCCCCCGUUUUUUUUAAACUGGUGCAUCCAGGUUUUAUCCUUCCUUGCAAAUGAAAAACCAGCCGAUCUGAAGUCACUUGACAUUGUCCCUUACGGGGGCUUCUGGCCUUGAUGGUCCUUGGUCCCGUCCCCCCCCCCCGAAACCGCGUGUGGCAAACUGUAAUCUGUUUCUGAUUGUAGCCUUUAUACCCUUUUGUCUUGCCGAGUAAUCUUGUGGAGAGGAUUCGGGGCGUGAGGGGUCCUGCCCUCGCUUCUGCGGCAAGGUCCGGUUGGAUGACCUUGAUGGUCUUUUGCAGAGAUGUAAUUGCAUAACGCGGUACUUUUCCUUCAGAAGCCUAUCAUUUCAGAGGAGGCAUUGUGUGCUAGUGAUUUCUUUUCCCUUCCUUUGGAAAAAAGAGAGACUUGUGUGUGUGUGUACGCACCGUACAUUUAAAGCACGUCCCCGCUCCUUUGCAAAGAAUCUUGGGAAAUGUAGCUCUGUGAGGUGUAAACUAUAGUUUCCAGGAUUCCCUGAGGGAAAGACACACUUUAAUGGUAUUGUGUGUGUGUCUGUGUGUAUGUGUCUAUAUAGUCAUACCUCAGGAGGAAUUCGCUUCCGCUUAAAUAUUUUCGGGUUGCGCUCCGCGGCGACCCAGAAGUAACGGAGCGCGUCACUUCCGGGUUUCGCCACUCGCGCAUGCGCAGACGCUCAAAAUGACGUCACGCGCAUGCGCAGAAGCGGUGAAACACGACCCGCAGACACACAGUCACGUCUUAUGUUCGCAUCCAGAGGUACCACUGUAUUCAACUUUUACUUCCAAGGAGGUUCACCUGGUUUUCCUCCUCUGCAUUUUCUCUUCACAUCAACCCUGCAACGUAGGUCGAGCCGAGAGGCCGUGAGUGGCCCAAGGUCAUCCAGUGAGCCUUAUGGCUGAGCGGGGAUUCAAACCUAGCUGCCAAGUCCGCUCUGCCCAGGGGUGAUUUCCAGACCAUGCAGAUGGAUGGCACAAGAGUCCCUUUGAUCAUGUGCAAAGUGCCUUUUCCUCGCGACCGGUUUUCACGAAUGGUGCGUGAUGCCACAAGGAAUAAUGCUGAACUCUGAAGCCCAGCCUGAUUUCCUCUCUUGUCUCUCAGAAGUCUGGAAUUAUUCCAAAACCAUUCCCGGUUUUAUGCACUUCAGACUCACUGCGUCAACACCAUCACCACAGCCGCCUUCAAGUCCCUCAGGCCGUUCGGGAUAAACGAGAUAUUUUAAAAUUAAAGUGAUGCCUUUUCUCUCUCUGGAGCAACAAACCGAACAAAACCGGGGUUUUCUGCCUCCUCGUUUUAAACAAAUAAACAAAUCUCCCGAAUUCCGACACUGAAUCUCUCAAAUGCGUCUUUGGGGCGGAUGCACAGAUGUUUAUGCGGCAGAAAAGUUGCUGUUGUUUUGCAGGCCCUCCGAGUGCCUUCCGGAAGGUUCCGUUUUGUUGUAGGCGUAAGGAAACAUCUUUUACAAAUUCAUAUUUCCACAUUGCUUAUUAACGGUUGCAACAUUGAGGGGCAGAUCCCGGUAUGCAUAUGCAUAUGUGCCAUUGCCAAAUAUUACAUUGGAACAAAGUGUUAACGAUUGCGCAGCUGCCCCAGCCCAGAAAUAAUCCAUCCGUCUUGAAACCCAUGCGAAUUCAGAUGGGGGUGGUGUUGACAGCUACAUUGCUGAUUCUGAUACCCAGAUUCCCAGAUAUUUUUCACCAGCUCUGAUCAGUGAGGCAGUACGAUUAAUCAACGAAUGUUUUAAUCAUGGGUUAAAACUUUGCUGCCGGAUAGUUCUAUUAGCUAAUCAAUCAAAAGCUUGGUUGUUGUUGUUGAGUCUUGUCUGACUCUUCGUGACCCCCUGGACCAGAGCACGCAACGCACUCCUGUCUUCCACUGCCUCCCGCAGUUUGGUCAAACUCAUGCUGGUAGCUUCGAGAACACUGUCCCACCAUCUCGCCCUCCGUCGUCCCCUUCUCCUUGUGCCCUCCAUCUUUCCCAACAUCAGCGUCUUUUCCAGGGAGUCUUCUCUUCUCAUGAGGUGGCCAAAGUCUUGGAGCCUCAGCUUCAGGAUCUGUCCUUCCAGUGAGCACUCAGGGCUGAUUUCCUUCAGAAUGGAGAGGUUUGAUCUUCUUGCAGUCCAUGGGACUCUUAAGACUGUCCUCCAGCACCAGAAUUCAAAAGCAUCCAUUCUUCGGCAAUCAGCCUUCUUUAUGGUCCAGCUCUCACUUCCAUACAUCACUACUGGGAAAACCAUAGCUUUAACUAUAUGGACCUUUGUUGGCAAGGUGAUGUCUCUGCUUUUUAAGAUGCUGUCUAGGUUUGUCACUGCUUUUCUCCCAAGAAGCAGGCGUCUUUUAAUUUCAUGACUGCUGUCACCAUCUGCAGUGAUCACGGAGCCCAAGAAAGUAAAAUCUCUCACUGCCUCCAUUUCUUCCCCUUCUAUUUGCCAGGAGCUGAUGGGACCAGUGGCCAUGAUCUUACGGUAGUUUUUUUUUUAUGUUGAGCUUCAGACCAUAUUUUGUGCUCUCCUCUUUCACCCUCAUUAAGAGGUUCUUUAAUUCCUCCUCAAAUCGAAAGCUAGAUAAGCCUAAAUUUACUUUUUAAACAACAACAACAACUGCAAAACACCUUGUUUGAUCAUCUUCUGUGCAGACAGGGAUAUGGAUUGUAAACAAGGCUCUGGAAGUGAUUUAUUGUACACAAGGCCUCUGGUUGUCUUUCUUGGUUCUGACUGAUCAUCAGGCUCACAAAAAAACCACACCCAUCUAGGAAACCCAGAAGGUGCAAUUCCUCAGGAUCCUGAUUAUAUUUUGGGGCGAGGGUUCCCAUGGACUGAGCUUCAUCCAGGUGUGUCUGUGAUUGUUCUUAGGUGAGCAGGGUGGGCCAGAAGUGAUGGGGAGGAGGCAGCCUGGUACCCAGAAGUCCAGUCUUGGUUCCAUCUUUUAUUUGUAUUUUCAUUGCUCCUUUCUCUCCCCCCCCCUUAUCUGUUGCAUUUCACUGUACUUCAGCUUGAAUUCCGUAGACUUGUUCUUAACGCAGUAAAAUGCAAUGGAUAAGAAAUAAAGGAAGCGAUGAAUGUUCAAUCGGAAACCCGGAAGCAUCUGGCACAGAGGGAAAGAGGGGAGAAAUCAUUAACUGGUCCACUGAGAUCCUUGGAAAAUCCUGCUUCUCGUCCAUCUGAAAUUUGGGGGUUUGCCAUUAUCCUUCACCCUGCAGACCUGGAGACCAACCGCAUCUUCCUUUAAGACGAGACCUUUCGUGUUUGCGAAGAUUGCUAUCGUGUUCCCUCAUGGCCUUCCCAACCCCAAGCUAAACCACUCCAGCUCCUUUGAACUUUCCUAGAUAUUUUCUUCCCCAGGCCUCAAAAAGCAUUUUGGAGCGUCUAGGAUCUCCCCCACUAUUUUUCACAAGGGAUCGUAAGUGAGGGCGUUAUCUUGGGAGAGAGGGCAGUUUGCCGGCUGGGGCAAGUCUUUUGCAGAUGUUUUUCACGGCGGGGCUAGUGGAAUUAAAUUCUUACUGCUUUCAAGAGAUAAAGCAGCUUUCUGGGUUUUUGGGGAUUUUUGGAAAUCGACCCGAUGUAUUCCGGCGGAUUUUUGUAAAAAGUGUGCAUGUGGUUUCGUGGCAGCUUCCACAGGGCAGUUUUGCUAUAAACCUCAGAACAUAAGAAGAGCAAGCCAAUGACCCAUCAUAGUCCAACAUCCUGUCUCUCACAGUGGCCAACCAGGUGUCCGUGGUGGGAACCCCACGAUCAGGAUUCAAACGCAAGACCCCUCUCUCUUCCUGCAGUUUCCAGAAACUGCAGUUCAGAAGAUUUGCUGCCUCCAUGGCUUGUAGUCCCCCGUAGCCCUCUCUUCCAUGAAUUUGUAAAAUCCUCUGUAAAAGCUAGCCGGUUUGUUUCUCGCUGCUACUUCCUGUAUGAGUGAGUCCAAUAGUUUAACACAGUUAAUCCUCUGAGCAGGUUUAACACUGGAUACGACCCUUGGUACUGUUCCUUCAUACAAAUUUAUUUAUUUUAUUUUAAUUUUUUCAAAAAAAAAAUUAUUAGUUUUCCAAAUUUAUAACAAACAUAUCCACAAACAUAAAAAGAAAACAUCAAACAAACAAACAUAUAUCCUGACUGUAGAAAUUUGUUAUCAUUGUUAAGUGACUUCCUCGAAUCCCCCUGGCUGAGUUUCCAUAUAAAUCAUUGUAUCAGUUUUCCAAAACUGAUUUCGCAUAAAAUUUACUUAGUCCAUUAACAUCUAUCUUUCUUUUCAUUUUAACUUUUAUCCAUAGUAUUCUACAACAUCACAUAUUUUAAAUCCUAGGCCAAUCUCGCAAGUAAUUCUAUUUAAGUUAUCUUAACAUAUUUAACUAAAUAUAGUCUUUGAAUUUCUUCCAUUCCUCUUGAUACUCCUCCUCCUUCUGGUCACGGACUCUUCCGGUCAGGUCGGUCCUUCAUACAAAUUUAGGGCAGUAUCCACAUGACACGAUCCUCAUCCGAAUGCCAAACCUGUGUCAUCUUCUCAUUCCUUCUUCCAGUAAGAUUGUCUUCCACAAACACGGUUUUAACAAUGAGUCCGUAAGUGACUGUGGAGGCCAAUUCUGGACCCACACAUCCUUCCACAGUGGGGACAUUGGUUCCCGGGCGGGAGUUGAUCACGGUGUGGAUUUGCCAAGCUUGCCUUCCUCUUAGCCCAUUUCUCCCUUGCGUCCUGAGUUCGAGUGUCUUCAAAGCCCAGGACACCUUUGGUCAAGGCUGUUCUCCAACUGGAGCGCUCACAGGCCAGUGUUUCCCAAUUGUCAUUGUUUAUACUCCAUUUUUUAAGGUUUGCUUUGAGGCAGUCUUUGAACCUCUUUUGUUGACCAUUACGCUUUCCAUUUCUAAGUUCAGUUCAUUCUCAUUUACUUACCACUUCCAUGGAAAAUCAUCCAAUAAGUUAAAACAAAGCUUAAGGCCCUUCAGAAACCAUCAGUCUGGUUUAAACUGGGGGCAGAGAAUACGGGAAGGGGUCUUCGGAUGAGGACAGUGUUAUGCAGACAUUGAGAACUACUUGCAUGCAUAAGCAGAACAGUCCAUUAUUAUUAUUAUUAUUAUUAAUAAUAAUAAUCUGUUGGUAUACCACAUAUCUCAGGGUGGUUCACAAUUAAAAUUCCAAACGAAAACCACAAAAUGCAUUGUAGAAAUAACAGCAGCAGCAGCAGCAAGAACAACAACAAACCAAUACCCUUCCCUGCAACCAGGGAUAGAAAUUAGCCCAGGCUCCAGGGGCGAAUGGGUCCAUUUGCGACCACAUAGAGAUCCCUGGAUACCAGGUUGGCAGCUGGGCAAAGCAAAAUGUCCCUUAAGAGAAAGCUCUGAAAUAUUUCCCUUGGAAGUUUGGAUUUGUUUUAUUCUGUGUUCUUUCAUUUGAUGUUCCUCCGUGUUGUAAACCGCUUUGAGGUUUGUGUCUUUUUAAAGCGGUAUAGAAAUGAAUAGCAACAAACGACAAAUUUAAUGGGGGGCGGGGAGAGAAAACGGUGCCUAGACAGCGCACUGUGGCGGCCGAAACCUAAAUUUAAGGUGUCAUUUGGCAAUCGGCUUAUAUACUUGAGAUUCUGAUGCUGCCCGCAACAUAUUUAUAAAAGGGCAUUGGAUGUUGAUCGUGAGUCCGUGAAAAACUUCCAUGAAGGGCCUGGCAAGAACCUUCAGUGCCAUAAUAUUGCAUUAACUCUGUUCAGAAGCGCAACAUUUCCUCCUGUGAAAAAGAUCGUUUGCCAUCUCCCCCCUCUGUGUUUUUUGUUUUUUCCCCAAAAAUUUUACUGAUUUUCCAAAAUUUUAAACAAACAAACAUAAAUCAUAACUGAACUUGGUCCAGUCUUAGUAACAUUGUUAAAUGACUUCCUCAAAUUCCCUUGACUGAAUUUCAUUAUAUAUAUUUUGGUUUUCCAAAAUAAAGUCUCAUAAAUUUUACUUCUGCUUUUUUUGGGGGGGGGGGUGAUAAUAAUAAUAAUAAUAAUAAUAAUAAUAAUAAUAAUAUAUUUUUUAUUUAUAUCCUGCCCUCCCCAGCCAAAGCCGGGCUCAGGAUGGCUAACAACAAUAAAAUAAGACAACAUUUUAAAAUCGUUUCAUUAAAAAAUUACUUCAAAUCAAAUUGAUGGCAACCAUUGGGUAGAGUUCUGUGAAGAUUGCCAAAGGAGGGGGUCAGGCUGUGCCCUGGCCAAAGGCCUGGUGGAACAGCUCUGUCUUGCAGGCCCUGCGGAAAGAUGUCAAGUCCCGCAGGGUCCUAAUCUCUUGACCAGGGAUGUUCCCUUUGUGGUACCCACAGCUGUGAUGGUGCAUAGCACCACAUUGCACCUGAUAAGUCCCAGAAUCUCUCUUGCAAUACCCCUGAAUUUAGGUUUCUCCCCCUUUUUUCUUCUUCCCCUAAAUUGAGUUUGCAACCCCCCCAAUCCGCACCGCUCCCCGCCGAACGAGACCUUUUAAAAGCUCGUAGCGCAAUGAGCUCUGUGGUGGUUAAUGAUGGCUGGGGAGAGCAAUAAGGCGCUUUUCAGGUGGGGCACAUCUGCUUACAGGUGUUGCAGGAUAGCGCAUGAAGCUUCGGCAUGUGACCGUAAAUCCACCUUCCUGUUCGGCCCUCGACUGCUUUUAAAAACUGGUUUCCUGCCCAUAUUGAAAACCGCAUUACAUUAAUUCCUCCCCAGCCCACCCCCGUGCACACAAACGGUGAAAAAAAACAGAAAAAGAACCGGGGGGGGGGGGGGAAUCUACAAAGUCCUUUUUUGUAUUGUGGUUCUUUCAGACGCUGCUUUUUUUGUUGUUCCAUGGUACAGAUUUGGUUUAUGGGGCUAACAUUUUUGGUUCUCGUCGGUGUUUUUUGGCUAGGCACCGAAUGGAAAUUGUGAUGACUAUAGACGAUCUACAAAGAGUUUUGAGUUUGGUUUUUUUAAAAGGGGGGUCAUCUUUUUCUCCUUUGUGCGAGCGACUCUCAUGUCCUUUCCACUGCCGUGUGCGCACUUAAAUAUCUGCUGAUGCGGCCCAGUAAAUCCCAGCUUUCUCCUUUUAUUAAAAUCGACAGUUCUGUGGACAGGCUCAGCUGCCUUGGCGGCGAAGUCUCCAAAGACUCCUCUGCUUACGACGUCGAAAUUCCCGAUAAAAUUAAGGAGCAAAUAAUUGCACGCCCCUAAUCGGGCUCCGCAAGGGUGUCGCUGGUGUGACCUUCACGCCGUGCAGCGAUGGCCGGACUGCCGGCGAAGAAGGAAACCUCCCUUGUACCAGAUCUCCAUCGCCUUUGAACCUGAUCUAGCAUAGCUCCUGGCCAGGCAAGGUCCCAAGUGGUAUCCCGUCUCCUGAAAAUAAAUAAAAGUCUUGACUUGGGGAUCAAGAUGGGCUGAUCGGUCAGUUUCAGUUUCUCUCAGGCUCCUAAGUUUCUGAGUCUCAGAUCUCCACAUUUCCAAAUCAGUAUGCAACUUUAAAAAAUAAAUAAAUUCAACAGAGGUGUUUUAGCGCUGAUUUCUUCCGAUACGAGUCAUUUGCCCUAAUGCAUUUAUUUAAUGCAAUAUAAUGUACCGUAUUUUUCGCUCUAUAAGACGCACCAGACCACAAGACACACCUAGUUUUUGGAGGAGGAAAACAAGAAAAAAAAAUAUUCUGAAUCUCAGAAGCCAGAACAGCAAGAGGGAUCGCUGCGCAGUGAAAGCAGCAAUCCCUUUUGCUGUUCUGGCCUCUGGGAUAGUUGCGCAGCCUGCAUUCGCUCCAUAAGACGCACACACAUUUCCCCUUACUUUUUAGGAGGGAAAAAGUGAGUCUUAUAGAGCAAAAAAUACGGUAUAUAUAUAUUAUUUUGGGUUUACAAAAAUAAUUAAAUAAAAAAAAUUUAAAAAAAUUAUUUUGGGUUUAUAAAUUUACGCAUUUAUAUGCACACUUUACGCUAGUGUAGCGGCUCCCAACUUUUAUGGGUACAUAGACCCAUUUUUAACCUCAAGACAUUUCCCUGAAGACACCCCCAGCACCCUUGCCCUAAUUGUUUAUUUUAGGCUCCGCUAAAUAACGAAACCAAACGAUGAAAAGCCUCAUUUGCAACUGUGCCAAAGUCAAAGAAAGCAGUAAACAUUUAUUUAUUUCCUCCAUGCACCCGGCGGCCAGCAAACCAAGCGUUUAGUUCCAAAAGGUAUUAAAUAUGAAUUUAUUUAUUCCUAAAUAUGAAUUCAUUCAUUCAUUUUCCCAGUAUACUUACUGAUCAAGCCCAUUAGUUAAUUCAGAAAUGUAUGAAAGAUAACUUUAUUCAUAGCCAUAAAUAAAUUCCUUCAUCCGUUUUCCCGGGGUACCCAAUGAUCAGCAGCCCAACUAAUCGAUCAGACUGAACUAAAAUACAAAUUUAUUUAUUUAUUUCCAAGUGAACCGGGUUGAAGCAAUCCCCGAGAGAAUUAAAAUGAAAACUGUAAUUGCCACUAAUGUUACAUAUUCCCACGCAGAGGACUGCCGGCUGUAUAGUUCAAUGAAAUCCCCAACCCCUGUCAGUAAAGCUAUUUAUGUGUACAGCUAAAUCGAUUCUAUCUUACUUAUAUUUAUUGUCUGAUAAGGAUUAGGAGGGGGAAAGCCCGACAACAGUCCACAAAAAUCAAAACAAUAAAUCUCUGUGUGUGCGGUGUAACACCGUGAAGUUGUUGCAGGAAGUACCACACUUUUUAACGACAAAAAAAGGGGCCGGUACCCUUGAGGGAAAAACCCUGUCUGUGCACAACGCAACGUAAGAAACCAAAACACGCCAGGCACACACACACCGGGGACAACGUUGGGAAGUCCAUGUCCCUGGGAUUUGCCGCCAGUCUGUUUUGUGUACGCCUUGCACCAAGCACCAACAAAGGAAAAAGCAGGAAGGCCACAGACCGUAAGCCACUGGACCAUGUUCCCACGCUUUUGGGCGGCCACAAGAUCCUCAGGAAUAUUCCAGCAUCCCUGGGGGUGGAGAUGGAGGAGGAGGCAGCAACAACAGAGGAAAGCGAGCGAGUGGAAAAAUCAGUAAGACUGGGAGGCACUUUCCCUGUGUACGCCUUUCGGUACACGGCUCGAGAAAGCAUUGCAAAAUCUGGAGAGGUGUGGAUUUCGGUGGAUGGCCGUCGUUCGGUUCGCGUAUUGUUUCGGAAGUGUGUGAGCUUGUCAUUAAAGGAGAGCCAAAUUGGGGUUUUUCUCUCAGAUUCCCCCCCCCCAAUGAAUCUGGGGACACUUUUCAACUUCAGUGGAUUUUGUAUGGGGACUGAUGUGUAAAUCCGGGGACCGUCCCCGGGAAACGGGGACGUCUGGUAACCUUACUUUAGUGGUGUGGGCAAACUUAAUGAUGAUGAUGAUGAUGAUGAUAUAUUUAUACCCUGCCCAUCUAGCUGGGUUUCCCCAGCCACUCUGGGUGGCUUCCAACUGAACAUUAAAAACAAUACAGCAUCAGACAUUAAAAACUUCCCUAAACAGGGCCGCCUUCAGUUGUCUUUUAAAAGUAAAAUAGUUGUUUAUUGCCUUGACAUCUGCUGGGAGGGUGUUCCACAGGGUGGGUGCCACCACUGAGAAGGCCCUCUGCCUGGUUCCCUGUAACCUCACUUCUCGCAAUGAGGGAACCGCCAGAAGGCCCUCGGAGCUGGACCUCAGUGAACAAUGGGGGUGGAGAUGCUCCUUCAGGUAUCCUGGGCCUUUGAGGCCAUUUAGGGCUUUAAAGAUCAGCACCAACACUUUGAAUUGAGCUCGAAAACAUACUGGGAGCCAAUGUAGGUCUUUCAAGACAGGUGUUAUGUGGUCUCAGCGGCUGCUCCCAGUUACCAGUCUAGCUGCCUCAUUCUGGAUUAAUUGCAGUUUCCAAGUCCCCUUCAAAGGUAGCCCCACUUAAGCCCGACAUAGAGGAAACGGAUUGUCUCCCUCUCUCGCAACGCUAGAAUUCGUGGCCAUAACAAAGGAGCCUGAAAGUUGGAAGAUUCAGGGCGCAUAAAAAGAAGGGCUUCUUCAUGCAGCCCACAUGAAACUCUGGAACUCGCUCCCAAAGGCAGAAGCGAAUGGCGCCAACUUGACUUUGAAAGAGGAUUCUGGGAGAAAAAGCUUCCAGUGGCAACAGGCCAUGAUGGUUAUCUGUGGUCAGAGGCAGCGAUGCUUUCAGGUACCAGUUUUUGGAAGCUACUGGGAGAGGUGAGUUGAUAUUGUGCUUGAAUCCUGCUUGCGUGUUUCCAAUGGGGGCAUCUGGUUUUCCUCUGUGAGAACAGGAAGGUGGGGCGCUGGCCUGAUCCAGGAACCUCUCCUAAUGUUGUUAUGGGUGCGAGCGAGCAAAGCCACAUGCUGCGAGGGUGGGGGGUGGAAAGGAAAGGAAAUUCCUUCUCGGCUGCACACAAUUAACUUCAGAAAUUUAUUGCCACGUUUGGGCGGAGGGGAUCACGAGCUUUUAACAGGACGAGGUGAGCGUUCCCCAACCCGGCGCUCACCAGAUGGCCUGGGCUGCAGCUCCCGUCAGAAAACAGAACAUCUGGAGGGGGGGUACCAGGAUUGGGAAGGCCGGAUUAGGCAAAUGGAGGGGGAGGUAAUGGUGAACAACUCCGGAACCUCUCUCUGUCCCCGGCAGCGUAUCUCCCCGAUCGCCAGAUGUGGGGGGCAGGAGAAGGCCUAGCAGUUGCUACCAUGCCUUCCCCGCUCCUGAGUUUUCCGGAGACAUCUGGCCGGCCACUGUUAGCCGACCCGGAGUGCCAAACUACAUUGCUCUUCCCUCUGACCUGAGACAGCGAUUCUUAUCGUCUUAUGUUGCUGCCUAAUUUGACUCGGGAAAUAAUUUUCCUUCUCGAAGCCCAAGUCCUAGCAGCCCUCGCCCCCCGGAAGGGAGCGUCGUUUCCCCCCUCGAGUGCUGCUUUAGUGCAAAACGUGCAACCGAACACACACACACACACACUGCGCACGGGAGGCCGUGUACAUGUUGCUGUUAUUUUUAAAACCAAGGCGAUAACGGCGGUUAUCAAUCACAACCAGCCGCCGAGGGCCUUCCCUUAAAAGCUGAAAAUAAUAUCUGAAAGCUUGUUGAUGGAGGAUUAAGCUGGAGUUAUCCAUCGGAAGGGAAACUCGGCUGGGCGAGGGCGGCUCCAUCUCGGACGCCUGGCUGCGGCCAUUCUCGAUACCCACCGAGGGGAGGAACUGAAUUGUGUCCAUUUCCAGGAACUCUGGUGGAAAGCGAGGGCUCAAAUUAAACCCUUCAGCGGCCCACUGUGAUGGGAGGGCGAUUAGCUAGCCGUAAUACCAGCUCCUGCCCCUUCCACUUUCCUGGUCGUGAUUCUUUGGGCAAAUCAUCUCGGCAUUGUGUCCAAUUGGUCAAAUCAUCAUCUAUUGUGAACGUCGAAUGGUGGGAAAGGGGACCUUUAUUUGUGGCAUAAUUUUCCUCCCUCCUCCGUCUCCUCCUGCCUUUUCUUUGGCUCCUGUUUUGACUUCUUGCUCUCCCGUCCUUCCAGCCCUUUGUGUGAUUCAAGAGCCCCUUGGAAACCAGAGCAGGGAGAACGGGGGGGACGGGGACGGGGGACGUUCGUUGGUGAAGUGCCAUCGUGUCACCUGGCCUCCGUGCAUCUAGCAAAAGAGCAGAGGCCCAGCCGCCGAUCGAUGUUCCCGAGGCACUUAAAAAUCAGUCCCCUCUUGUUAAAUCAACAGGCAACUGUUCAGCCGGCGGGUAAUUUGCCGCACUAAUCUAUAUGGGGCUGCGCGAGUGCCGGCAACAGAUCUAUGGGCGCCCUUGCGAAACCGUGAGCGUGGAAAGACGCUUUUUUUUUGAGCGGGGAACAGGAAACAGUGCGAUGCUUUCUACACACACACACACACACACACACACACACAGUGAGGUGGAAGCAAUUUGCCCACAAUGCAUCACUUAUGGGCAUUGUUUGCGUGGGGCAGAAAGUAGAAGGCCUCUGAAGUCUCCAGGCUGGUCUGGUGCCCCUCUCAUGGGGGCAGGAGGAGGGUCUGAAUCUCCCAGCGAGUGAGAGUGCCUUUAAUUCUUGUUAUUUUUAAAUUAAGAUUGUGCAUGCAGCUUUCAAACUUCAGCCCAGCAGGAGCUGGCUGCAAAUAGUAGUAUAAACUUGGGAGGGUAGAGGAGGCCCUCCAAUUCUCCCUCCUCCCCUCUCCCAAUUAACCCCCAUUUCCACGGCUCAGGCCUCGUUUUUUAUUUGAAUGACAUGCUCUCGGCAACUGUGGUUCAUGACAUCGCUAGGGUCUGCCCUGUGACAUCACUGGGGCCCGUCCCAUGACAUCACAAGCAGCUGCCUCCAGGUCUCAGGUUUGGGCCCUGAAAUCUGGGAUUCCCCCUGAUUUGGCAUUCCUUGUCCUUGUCCGUUUUCAGCCUUGAAUGGCGAGACGGGAUGAAAUGCAAACAAGGUGUGACUCUCGAAACAUGGCCGCAGAGUCGCCAACCAUCCUGGUUUGGCUGUGGCGGCUUGGCGGAGACAUAAUGAAUGGAGGAUGGAUGGAGGCUAACAGAUUGAGGUUGAAUCCUGACAAGACAGAAGUACUGUUUUGGGGGGACAGGGGGUGGGCAGGUGUGGAGGACUCCCUGGUCCUGAAUGGGGCAACUGUGCCCCUGAAGGACCAGGUGCGCAGCCUGGGAGUCAUUUUGGACUCACCGCUGUCCAUUUAGGCGCAGGUCAAUUCUGUGUCCAGGGCAGCUGUCUACCAGCUCCAUCUGGUACGCAGGAUGAGACCCUCCCUGCCUGCGGACUGUCUCACCAGAGUGGUGCAUGCUCUAGUUAUCUCCUGCUUGGACUACUGCCAUGCACUCUAUGUGGGGCUACCUUUGAAGGUGACCUGGAAACUACAACUAAUCCAGAAUGUGGCAGCCAGACUGGGGACUGGGAGUGGCAGCCGAGACCAUAUAACACCAGUCCUGAAAGACCUACAUUGGCUCCCAGUACGUUUCCGAGCACAAUUCAAAGUGUUGGUGCUGACCUUGAAAGCCCUAAAUGGCCUCAAAGGCCCAGUAUACAUGAAGGAGCGUCUCUACCCCCAUCGUUCAGCCUGGACACUGAGGUCCAGCUCUGAGGGCCUUCUGGCGGUUCCCUCCCUGCGAGGAGCCAAGUUACAGGGAACCAGGCAGAGGGUCUUCUUGGUGGUGGCUCCCGCCUUGUGGAAUGCCCUCCCGUCAGAUGUCAAAGAGUAGAACAACUACCAGACUUAGAUGACAUCAGAAGGCAGUCCUCUUUAGGGAAGCUUUUAAUGUUUAACGGAUCACUGUAUUUUAGUACUCUGUUGGAAGCCGCUCAGAGUGGCUGGGGAAACCCAGCCAGAUGGGUGGGGUAUAAAUAAUAAAUUCUAUUCUAUUCUAUUCUAAUGUCUACAUGGUCAUAAUUUUACAUAUCAGUUUUGGUUAUGCAUCUUUGAAUUCUGGAGUCUGUGUGUGUGUGUGUGUGUGUGUGUGUGUGUGUAUACACAAACAAUCACCUCCUGCUUUCUAGAAUCGGCUCUACCAUUGGGGAGAGGUGACAUGCUUAGGGAAUAUAGUUAAAAUGGUCAUUUAGCUCAGCCUUUGCCAACCCGGCGCCUUGCAGCUGCUUUGCACUACAACUCCCGUCGACGGGAGUUGUAGUUCAAAGCAGCUGGAGGGCGCCGGGUUGACAGAGGCUGGUGGAUUUCACAGCCACUGCAGCUUCAUUUUUUAAAGAGUUUGGGGUUGCUAUUUGGAUUUUCUCCCUAGGGCACCGAAACGCAGGGCUGUGGCGCUGGCCAGCCCUCGGGAGUUAGGCCGGAGGCUACGCAGCAAGCGUUCCUGAGGUUAUUUUGCUGAGGAGCAGACGAGAGUAGCUGGUGCUGCUCUCCUUAAUUAGGUCACGAACAAUUUGGAGCAGUUUGAUGCUAAAAUAAAAAUAAUGUUAUGCCCCAGACUCUUUGAAAGGAGUUUUUAAACUCUUCGGCGAGGAGGGCAGCUUACAAAAUGUGGAUCUCAGCAAUUCUAUUCUGUACCUUAUAUGCUGUGUUUCCCUUUAGGGGAAAGAUAUCCCCUUUUGUAUUUAUUUGUUUGUGGUUUUGCAUGUUAUUAUUUUUUUCCCCUUCCAGAGUUGGAAACCUCUUGGUCCCAAGUUUAUUUUUUGGGGGCGCUAACCUUUUUCUUACGGUUUCUAGGGCGCAUAGCACCAAAAUCAAGGGCCUUGAGAGGUUUUGCUAGGUGGUGGUGCCAUUAUUUAAACUUAACAGUCCUUUGAAAAAAACCAAAGCAAAAGUAGUUUAAAUAAAGCAGGGGUCAGCAAACUUUUUCAGCAGGGGGCCGGUCCACUGUCCCUCAGACCUUGUGGGGGGCCGGGCUAUAUAUAUUUUUUGGGGGUAGUUUGCCUACCCAUAAAAUAGACUUCUAAAAUGUUACAGUAUUCUGAUAGGCAUCACACACACACACACACACACAGCCUCAGAGGUUUUGGAGACCAGGGCGUGCUUCCAAAAAUAUUUUAAGUGCGGAAAUAAAUCCUCCAAUUACUGGUUUUCUUUUUAAUGAAAAAUGAAAUGCAUCAAAGAAGUGCGUUUUCUAGGGUGCAUCUAACAAGCCUCAGCCUUCCUGUCAUUCUUUUAUUUUUAAAAUGUCUCUCUCGGUGUCGUUCCAGCAGGGAACUCUUAAAGGCAAACAGCGUAGCAAUAAAUAUCAAAAUAAGGCAACAGCAAAAUCAGCAGACAGAACAGAUCGCAUUUGGCAAGGAAAACCCAGCUUAUCAGCGGUUAAAAAGCAAACAAAAGAAAUCUCCAUUUAGUUCUUUAACUAGCUGAACCUUCAUCUGGUCUUGGGAGGCCGACUUUUGACCUUCCCCAGAUAUCAAUCCCAGAAAUGCAAAGCGAGGGGUCAUUGAGGAGUGGGGAACAGACCCCCCUCGGAGGAAGACCCUUAGGUACCAAAGUCUUGAUCGAUUUAGGACCUUAAAAGCAACAACAAGCAUCUUGCACUGAGUACAGAUCAAAUAGGACCAGCGUUUGUUAGGUUUUUUAAUUUAUCAGUUGUGUGGAAACAAGUUUCAGUGCUAAUAAUAAUAAUAAUAAUAAUAAUAAUAUUUGUACCCCACCUCAUAUACUAGGUUCCCCCAUACAUACUGUAUAUGGGAACUAAAAAUAAAGUCUGUACAGUGGUACCUCGGGUUAAGUACUUAAUUCGUUCCGGAGGUCCGUACUUAACCUGAAACUGUUCUUAACCUGAAGCACCACUUUAGCUAAUGGGGCCUCCUGCUGCUGCCGUGCCGCCGGAGCACGAUUUCUGUUCUUAUCCUGAAGCACUAUUUCUGGAUUAGCGGAGUCUGUAACCUGAAGCAUAUGUAACCUGAAGUGUAUGUAACCUGAGGUACCACUGUAAAUGCUUCUUUCCGUAGGGCUGUUUUAAGUCGGAUUGCUGUUUGAAACACUUUAGUUCUGGAUUCUUGACGUGAGUUAGGUCUAAAGUAAAGGUAAAGGGACCCCUGACCAUUAGGUCCAGUCGUGGCCGACUCCGGGGUUGCGACGCUCAUCUUGCUUUACUGGCCAAGGGAGCCGGCGUACAGCUUCCGGGUCAUGUGGCCAGCAUGACUAAGCCGCUUCUGGCGAACCAGAGCAGCACACGGAAACGCCGUUUACCUUUCCGCCAGAAUGGUACCUAUUGAUCUACUUGCACUUUGACGUGCUUUCGAACUGCUAGGUUGGCAGGAGCAGGGACUGAGCAACGGGAGCUCACCCCGUUGCGGGGAUUCGAACCGCUGACCUUCAGAUCGGCAAGUCCUAGACUCUGUGGUUUAAGUUAGUUAAGGCCUAACUCUUCCUCCUGCUCUGCUUCUUUCCCCCUGGGGAAAACCGCUCUUUGGUGCUCAUUUGGAGCAAACAGCAAUUUGGUUUGCCAUGGUUUGCAGUUUGUUCCAAUUUAAAGCUAAGUGGUAGGUUUUCCCUGGGAAAGGAUUGGUGCAAGGGGGAAACCGCUUGGACCCGUGCUUAUUAGGCACUGGACAAGCGGAACCGGGGACGAGCCCAUCGCUCACUACUGUAAAAUUCAGAAAAUUGUAGGCAUUUAUUCUAAGCCAAGUCAUUCAGCACAGCAAAAAGCGAGUGGUCUAGGCAGCAGCGGUCUGAAAGGCAGAAGUCAACAGUUUGUGCUGGGCUUGUGGCCAAAAUAAUAGGAAUUUAGGCUAGACAGUUGACAAUCGAUCUGCAUCAUUUAUGGGAAACAAGGGAAUGUAUUAGGGCAGGAUAAAUGGCUUGACCAGCCUAGCUAGCACAUUUCGCCUAAACGAGUGAUAGCAUUUGGUGCAAUAAUGAGGGUAUAAAAGGCGAAAGAACAUGGAGACGGGAGUAAUUUGCAUGUUUAAUCUGAACCAGUUCCAGGCAAACAGUCUCGCCUCUGGAUGAGCCCCUAAGUCUUCCCCAAGGCAUGUGCAAAGUGUUGCAGUAGUCGAGCCUGGAGGCUACUAGCGCAUGGACAGCCAUGAUCGUGUCUGCCCCAAAGAAUGGGCAUAGCUUGUAAAAUGUGCUCUUGAGCAACCAGAACUGCUACCUGAUGGCUUAUUCCCACAUACCUUUUCUCCGCUGUUCCAGAAAUGGUCCGCGAUUCAAAGCUCCACGUCGGAGCAUCCUUUUUCUUAAUUUUCUCUUUUGCUCCAGAGCUUUCCCUGCAAAAACCCACUCUUUAGAGCUCAAUCGGAGCAAACGGGAAUCCACACAAAAUCUGAAUUGAUGUUUGCUCCAAUUGAGCUUUCGAGAGUGGGGUUUUCUCUGGGGCGAGAAAAAAGGGCGUUAAAGCCUGAAAAAGGCGGGGCAAAAGCUAAAUGUGGAUAAACCCUUGAGUCUCUGAAAAAGCCUCUAUAGUGGUACCUCAGGUUAAGUUCUUAAUUCAUUCCGGAGGUCCGUUCUUAACCUGAAACUGUUCUUAACCUGAAGCACCACUUUAGCUCAUGGGGCCUCCUGCUGCCACCACGCGAUUUCUAUUCUCAUCCUGAAGCAAAGUUCUUAACCUGAAGCAUUAUUUCUGGGUUAGCAGAGUGUGUAACCUGAAGCGUAUGUAACCUGAAGCGUAUGUAACCUGAAGCGUAUGUAACCUGAGGUACCACUGUAGAUGGGAUCAAGGCAAACUUGCCUCUUAAGGAGGAAUAGCAGGCCUCAUCCUGCACGUGCUGUACACCCAACCCUGGACAAAGCGAUCCUCCAGCCAGCAGUCCUUUUUGUCUUUAAUUUGGAUUAAGUUUCAGAUUUAUUUCAUAAAAUUUAUAUACCGCUUGAUCGUAAAAAAAAAAAGCAAAGCGGUUUACAAAAAAGAUGAAACAGUAAAAUGUACAACAAUAGAUUCAACUGAAAGCAGACUGAGACUCAAAACCAACUCUCGAAACAUCUGGGUAGGCUUGUCUAAACAAAAAUGUAUUUUAGCAGGUGCCAAACAGAGUACAGCAAAGGCGCCUGCCUGCUAUCAAUGGGCAGGGAGUUCCAAAGGAUAAUUUCUGCUGCUACACUAGAAGACCGAGUUCUUGCGAACAUGGAAAGGGUCUUAUCUGGGACCUGUAGCAGUGCCAGUUCUGCCAAUCAAAGUGGGCACAUACAGGGCAAGACGGUCUUGUAGGUCUUACAUUGCAUGCAAUGAAAUACUUUGGGUGGAGUUGCCCUCCUCGUAGAGUAAGGUGCCUCAGUGCUAAGUCCUGGUCCUGAAUGGAGCAGGUGCGCAGCCUGGGAGUCAUUUUGGACUCACCACUGUCCAUGGAGGUGCAGGUCAAUUCUGUGUCCAGGGCAGCUGUCUACCAGCUCCAUCUGGUACGUAGGAGACCCUCCCUGCCCACAGACUGUCUUGCCAAAGUGGUGCAUGCUCUGGUUAUCUCCCGCUUGGACUACUGCAGUGUGCUCUACGUGGGGCUACCUUUGAAGGUGACCCGGAAACUACAACUAAUCCAGAAUGCGGCAGCCAGACUGGGAACUGGGAGCGGCCACCGGGACCAUAUAACACCAAUCUUGAGAGACCUGCAUUGGCUCCCAGUACGUUUCCGAGCACAAUUCAAAGUGUUGGUGCUGACCUUGAAAGCCCUAAACGGCCUCAAAGGCCCAGGAGACCUGAAGGAGCGUCUCCACCCCCAUUGUUCUGCCCGGACACUGAGGUCCAGCUCUGAGGGCCUUCUGGCGGUUCCCUCACUGUGAGAAGCAAAGCUACAGGGAACCAGGCAGAGGGUCUUCUCGGUGGUGGCGCCCGCCCUGUGGAACGCCCUCCCACCAGAUGUCAAGGAAAUAAACAACUAUCUGACUUUUAGAAGACAUCUGAAGGCAGCUCUGUUUAGGGAAGUUUUUAAUGAUUGAUGUUUUAUUGUGUUGUUAAUAUCCUGUUGGAAGCAACCCAGAGUGGCUGGGGAGGCCCGGCCAGAUGGGCGGGGUUACAAGUAAUAAAUUAUUAUUAUUAUUAUUUAUUAUUAUUAUUAGUGCUAUUUUGUUUUAUUCAUCAAAUGUGUAUUCUGCCUUUCCACCAAAUGGUGGUCAAGGCAGCAGACAGCAAUUAAGGCGCAUGCAAGGAAAGAGCAACACAGUGCAAAAGGGCGUUUGUAUCCAGCAUUAAAGGUAAAGGUAAAGGGACUCCUGACCAUUAGGUCCAGUCGUGGCCGACUCUGGGGUUGCGGCGCUCAUCUCGCUUUACUGGCCGAGGGAGCUGGCGUACAUGUGGCCAGCGUGACUAAGCCGCUUCUGGCGAACCAGAGCAGCGCACGGAAACGCCGUUUACCUUCCCGCUGGAGUGGUACCUAUUUAUCUACUUGCACUUUUGAAUCUACUUGUGCUUUCGAACUGCUAGGUUGACAGGAGCAGGGACUGAGCAACGGGAGCUCACCCCAUCAUGGGGAUUCGAACCGCCGACCUUCUGAUCGGCAAGUCCUAGGCUCUGUGGUUUAACCCACAGCGCCACCCACGUCCCUUGUAUCCAGCAUUGGCCCUGUGCAAAACAGACCCACUGAAGUUAAUAGACUUGACUGUUGCAGGCUCAUUCAUUUCGGUGGGCUUACUCAGAGUAGGACUUCGUUGAAUGCAACCAAAAAUUGUGGGGUUGGGGGCAAGAUUCUUCCUGGCCCUCAAGGUCCUCAAGAUGGCAAAUCAUAUUAAUUCUUAAGCUUCUACGAUGCAAGAAAGGGAGCGGGAUUUAUUUAUUUUGGUUUCUGUUCCAGGACCAGACAGGUGGCCUGAUUCGAACCCGCCUCCCCAAUGACCUGUGUGGGCUAGUUUAUGAUGGUAUGAUGGCAAAGCAGAAUUGGGGGUGGGGUGAGAGAGAGAGAGUCGGGACAGGACUGCACACAUUGGAAUUCACCAACCCGCUCUCUUAAACCGAGCUCUGAAUUCGGAUUACAGAUUUGAAACGGUCCAUUUAUUUCCACUCUAAAAGGCAUCUCGCUCGCUCUGCGCCCCCCCAACCUAUCUUAAACGGGCAGGCGGUGACCAAUAAUUUUCCUGCGGAAUCGAUAGGGAUCUGCGCUCUCAGGUACCUCCGAUGGCAGCCCCAUUUCAGCAAAUGUGUUUGCGGAGUGGGCGGGUGGUUGGCAGGUGAAGAGAAAUUACCUUUUCUAGUUUACCCAAAAAAAAAGGAAAGGAGGAGGAGGAGGGACGAGAGAAGAGUACAUCUACGGUAGCCCUCGGUUUUUGUUCCAGGGCUGAACCGGCAUUCCUCCACCCUGGAAUUUGGCAGAGUUUGAAUAGUUCAGAAGAUCUCAGGAGGAAGAAGGAAGGGGUUUGUGCGCAGCUGAGAGAGAGAGUCUGAGGAGGAAUGGCUGCCGUAUUUUGUUAUAUAUCUAGUAAGCAUCUCCCUUCCAGAUGCCCGGUGCUCCCAGGAAAUUAAUAAGUCGAUACAGCAAUAAGAGACGCCGCAGAAAUCACUAAGAACACAAUUUUAAAAUACAAAUCGGAGCAAUUCCAGCUGCAAACCUAAGUAGCAGGGUAACAGCAGGUUUAAAAACUUCCCUGCCUCUUUUGUGCAAUAAACACGGACUUGAAGGUGUCUGUCAGAGGCCUCUUUGGCACCAUGCAUUUAUUUAUUUUUUCAAGUAAAUUUUUAUUGUUUUCAACAUGUAAUUCUUUUCCCAACAAUCCUUAUUGUCACAUUAUAAUCCCUUUGACUCUGCCGAGUCCUGACUUCCCUCCCUCCCGACCGCUGGUAUAUACAUCACAUAUUUUUUGCGUAUAUUAUUGUCAUAACUCUACUGUUUUACAUUGGAGGUGUUAUUCCAGUCCUGCUAGUGUCUUAAUAUGUUGUUCUCCUUUAUAUAUUCAAUAAAUUUAUUCCAAUUGUUAUUGUAUCUCUGGUCCUCUUGGUCCCGGAUCCUUCCUGUCAAUUCGGCAAGUUCCACAAAAUCUAUCAUCUUUACCUGCCACCCCUGGAUGGUUGGUAAAUCUUGUGUUUUCCAUCUUUGGGCCAGUAAAGUUCUUGCGGCGGCUGUGGCAUACAUGAACAAGUUCUGAUCUUUUAUUUUAAUUUCUUUUCCCACCAGACCAAGCAAAAAUGCCUCUGGUCUUUUAGGAAAAGUAUACUUAAAUAUCUUUUUAAGUUCAUUAUAGAUUAACUCCCAGAAUCUUUUUACCUUGUCUUUGGCACCAUGCAUUUAAAGCGCUAUGAAACCACUUGAGACAGUCGCUGCAGCCACCCCCCCCAAAAAAAUUCUGGGUGCUGUAGUUUAGGGUGCUGAGCGUUGUUUGUUUAGGGUGCUGAGACCCCCUUGAGCUACAGUUCCCAGAAUGGUUUAACAAUCCAGUCCCUCUUCACGGGGAACUCUGGGAAUUGUAGUUCUGGGAGGGGAAUACGGGGGUCUCCGAGCGACCCCUGGCACCCUAAUAAAACUACAGCUCCCAGAAUCCUUUGGGGGAAGCUCACAGGUGGGAACUGGUUAUGCUAGUUUCCAUCUAUGGAGACGAAUACCAAAGUCGAGCACGUGAGAAGAAAAAGGAUUGCGAAGAACGGAAGCCACUAAGAAUGGUCCCUGCGAGUCCUCAUAGAACUAUAUUUCACCCUCAGAAAUCAAUAGAAGAGACAUGUUUGGUCAGACAUUAUUGCACAGUGUCGCUGCGGAAGAUGACCUAGAUGGUGUAUGUGCAAAAAGCAGGCGCAAAUGUCGCAUGCUCAGGAUUCUGCAGGCGAGCAUGUUCUACGACGUUGAUUUCAUCCGGCGAUGAAAUAAUAAUGUGUAAUAAUAAACGCGGGCAAGGCUCAACCUAGGACUAAGCACAGCUUACCUUUUGUGUGCUCUGUGAUACGCUUGCUUUCUAAGUUAAGUGCGUAGGAUUGGGGCUGUGAUUUGUGUUGACUACCAUUUUGUGAAAUAGAAGCAAUCGGGGAGACGAUGAAUCAAUAGCUCACGGUAUAAUAAGGCAAUUUCCCCACUGAUUUGCGACUUGUAGUCUGGGAAUGUGUGGAAAUUUCUGAAAAGCUGAAAUCGGCCCCUGUUCGAAACUUGACAAUGGUUGCGCAACUGAUAAUAGUUGUUUGUGGUGGCUGGCUUCGUUUUGUUUUAUUACCCAUUUUGUGUUUUCGUUUUGUACUUUUAUGUCGCGUACCGCCUUGCAAUGAAGGGUGCUAUACAAAUUUAAUAAGAUAAAUAAAUGGCUGUUUAAAGGGCUGUCAAAAUGCUUUGAGUCUGUGGCGCAGACGUGGCCUGCGACAGACCCCCUCAAGUCUGCGUUUAUUGCAAAUAGGCUGGAAUGUGAACGUGGCCGCCGAUCGUCCUCCGGCCUUUGUGAAUUGCCAACUUGCCACUCCUAGAGAGAGGCUGCCAGCUGCCCAGCUCUAAACACGUUUCUGUGUUUGGGGCCGGCCCUGCCAUUAGACAGGUGGCUGCCUCAGGCGGCCACAUUCUGGGAGGCGGUGGUGCCCCAUAGCUCUUCCUCCUGAGCUCCCCGACCCUCUCCUUGAAGAAGAGAGCUGUGUCUCAACACCCCUGGUCCUCCACAUUUAUAGCUACCCUGCUGACACCCUUCGGGGCAUGGCAGUUGCAAGUACCGAAGCAGGAUUUGCCACGUUAUCUGGAAUGGGUACGUGUGUUUGUCCCAUCGUUUGUCCUUUGCCUCAGGCAGCAAAAUGCGUUGGGCUGGCCUUGACUUUCUUUGCACAGCGUCCAGAGAUGCCUGCGCACACAGACAUCCCAGUCUUCUCUUUCUGUGUCGCGUACACUUGUCGGGUCUGGUGACGGGCGCAGAAUUAGCAAUUAUUUCGCACCCAGAGACUCUUCCUCUCCGCUCACUCCCCCCCUUUUUAAACGAGUUUCUAGACAUUUUCGCUCGCAGGGAUGGCCUUGAGGACUUGCAAAUAUAUGCAACGGGGGGGAAUGUUAACGUUCUGUUAAAUGCUAAAUUCAGCUUUCGGUUUGGAAUCUAGAUAUCUUACUGGAGUGUUUUACCCACAGCUGCCAGCCUGUCUGCUGGGCAUUUCGUGGUGGUAUACGUUGCCACGCUCCGUGCCACGUUCUGAUUCCCAAGGGAGAAACGUCGUGGGUGAUUUCACUGCGAUUCCUGUCAUUGCAGCAGGGUUGGACUAGGUGAUUCUGUGAUUUGCUGGUUUUUUUGUUUUUUUAAAAAAUAACUUUUAUUCAAAAUUAAAACAAAACAUAUUAUCCAGAAACAUAUCAUCCUUAUUUCCCCCCCAUUUUUCCUCCCUCCCUCCCCCUCCCCCUCCCCCCACAGAACCCACCCACCCCCAUCCCCCGACUUCCCUCAGUUCCAGUCUUUGAUUUCUCUAAAAAUGCUGUUUUCUGCAUGUUACACAGUUGUAUAAAUCCUUAAACUACUUAGCUGAUUAUUAUCAAUGAAAAGUUUGUGAAUGUUUAUUCAAAACCAGCCAAGGAGUCCUGUUCGCUUUGUUAUAUCUUCAAAUACUUUGUAAAGGGUUCCCAUUCUUCCUUAAAGUCACAGUUAUUUCUUGUCCCGUAGCUUGUAUGUCAGUUUUGCCAGUUCUGCCUAGUCCAUCCAUUUUUCUGGCCAUGAUUCUUUAGUUGGAAUUUCUUCAGUCUUCCAUCCUUGUGCUAUUAGGACUCUCGGGGCCGUUGUCGCAUACAUGAAGAUGUUUUUCAGCUUUUUGGGCAGAUCUUUCCCUACAAUCCCUAAUAAAAAUGCUUCAGGUUUUUUAACAAAUGUUAAAUGGAACAUUUUCUUCAAUUCGUUGUAUAUCAUUUCCCAAAAAUUUUUAAUUACCUUACAAUCCCACCACAUAUGAUAAAAUGUCCCCUCCUUUUCCUUACACUUCCAAUAUAUAUUUGAACUAGUUUUGUACAUUUUCCGUAACUGCACUGGUGUUGUGUACGUGAUUUGCUGGUUUUAGUAGCAAGCGGACUUACUGGCCAUCCAUCCCUUAUUUAUUACUCAAAGGAAAACUUUGAUGCCCCAGAGAGUUAGCUACUUUUUAUUUUUAUUAAGGAGAACCCUUCCAUUAUUCUGCACUCAGCUACAUUUUGGGAGCUGGUCUGAGGUUUUCUCCAAGUGUUUUUGAGCUUUUCUGCUUUGCAAAGUGUCAUUUCUGCCUCUGGGCAAUGUUACCCCAUUUUCCUUCUCUCCUGACUCCCCCGCCCAGUUGCCAGGAGAACUAACUGCCUUGUUUCCCCCCCCCCCCUCCCAGCCUGACACUAUCUGUACAUUUUGCAAAGUGUUAUCAGUGCAUCUCGGCCCCUGAGAUGUGCUUGCUGCUACUGCUGCUGCUGCUGCUGCUGCUCACAAGACCCAGCUUGUCUGCCUUCCCACCCCUAGUCUUGCCUCCACAAAGGCCUUCAUCAUCGCUUUUAACCUCUUAAGGGCUUAAAACCACACCGAAAGUGAGGAAUAGUGUGGGCUGGGCUUGCCACCCAAGCAGCCUUCAGCCACCUCCAUCUUAGGUUUGGUCCCCAGGGCUCAAAAUUGCCAGAAAAUUUUAUUUUUAUUUUUAUUUUUGCAAGGGGAAAUCUUCGAAACCUGAAUCCGGGCCCAUUUUUGUUCAGCAGAGAUUUCCCUCAAGCCGUCUUGAUUGCUUCUCGCUGCUCCUUUUCUGCCGCCUGGCGCCUCUCCCAGCUGCUUGUCCGAAGGCUCCUUUGGCUUUCGUUUAAUUGGGACCCAGGCCAAGACACCUCAGUGCUUUCUGGCUUUUAUUUAUUUACUGCCUUGGUAUAGGCUGCCCUGCAUCCCUUGUGCACUGGGCAGGGCUCGCGGGAAUUAAGAGAGAAAGUUGCUGCGUUAAAACACAAAAUAGAACAGAAUUGCAGAGUAAAAUCUUCAACCCCACACAGCAAGAGAUAAAAACCCACGGCAGGUGUUCAAACACUCCGAUUUUGAGACCGCAAAUUAUUGGGAGGAUGGAAAGGUCUUUCACCCGCUUGCUACAAAGGCCAGGCAAGCCAAUUUGGGGAGCCUAUUCCAUCAUUCGGGAGCCAACACUAAAAGGGCCCUUCCUUAGUUGCUACCUGCGUUGCUUCACUGGACAGAGGCACACAGAGCAAAUACUUUGAAGGUUUGCACAGGAUCGGCAUUUAUGUGAGAAGGCAAUAAUAAUAAUAAUAAAGUGGUACCUCGGUUUAUGAACUUAAUCCAUUCCAGAAGUCCAUUCUUAAACCAAAACCGUUCUUAAACCGAGGCGUCCUUUCCCUAAUGAGGACUUCCACCGUUCGGCUUCCGUUCUUAGACCGAGGUAAAGUCCGCAAACCAGGACACUAUCUCCGGUUUUGCAGAGUUUGUAAACCGAAUCGUUCAUAAACAGGACUGUUCUUAAACCGAGAUACCACUGUAAUAAUAAUAAUAAUAAUAAUAAUAACAAUAAUAAUAAAUAAUACCACCCCAGCCACCGUGGGCAGCUUCCAACAGAAUAUAAAAAUUCAGAUGUCUUCUGAAUGUUAUACAGUGGUACCUCUGGAUACAAACAGGAUCCGUUCCGGAGCCCCGUUCACAUCCUGAAGUAAACGCAACCUGCAUCUGCGCAUGUGCACGGGUCACGAUUCGUCGCUUCUGCGCAUUCGUGUGACAUCAUUUUGACCGUUUGCGCAUGCGCGAGCGGUGAAACGCGUUACUUCCGGGUCACCACGGAGCGCAACCCAAAAGUGCUCAACCUGAAGCAACUUCAACCUGAGGUAAGACUGUACAGUGGUGCCUCGCAAGACGAAAUUAAUCCGUUCCGCGAGUCUCUUCGUCUUGCGGUUUUUUCGUCUUGCGAAGCACGGCUAUUAGCGGCUUAGUGGCUAUUAGCGGCUUAGCGGCUAUUAGCGGCUUAGCGGCUUUAAGAAAAAGGAAACAAACUCGCAAGAACUCGCAAGACGUUUUGUCUUGCGAAGCAAGCCCAUAGGGAAAUUCGUCUUGCGGAACGACUCAAAAAACGCAAAACCCUUUCGUCUAGCGAGUUUUUCGUCUUGCGAGGCAUUCGUCUUGCGGGGCACCACUGUAUAGCCAUUUAGCUCCUUGACAUCUGAUGGGAGGGUGUGUUUCACAGGGCAGGAGCCACUACUGAGAAGGCCCUCUGCCUGGUUCCCUGUAACUUCACUGCCCAGAAUCUGGGCAGGGCUCACAAGAAUUAAAAGAACAACCGUACCACAUUCAGGGGAAGCCCCAUGCACCGCAGUAGCCCAGAUCUGGCAGUAAUUGGAGCACGGGGAACGGUAUCCAAUCUGGCAUAUUGGCUGAAGCUUCCAGAAGGUUCUUCGAGGCUCAGAGACCGCCUGAGCCUCUGUCGCAUGUGCUGGAUCAAUAAUACUGGUGAUACUGGUCCUUUAGGAAAGGUGGGAGACCUGUAUAUCCUCACAUGUUGUUGGCUUCCGUCUUCCACCAGCCCCAGCAGGCUGCUCCAUUUGCCUCGGUGGACAGACCACCCCACAACUGUACCUCUCUCUUUAUUUUAUUUUUAGAAAAUAAAUGCGAGGCUCAGUUUUAGUACCCCUCGCCCGGUCCAGUGCCAUGCCCAGGCUCGGAGUCAGGACACCCAUAGCCUCAUCUGGAGAACAACGGCUGCCAGCCAGUGUCGACAAUACUGAGCCGUCAGAGCCGCCAGCGGUCAGACUUGGUGUCAGGCCGAUUCCUGAUGCCCUGGUGGAUGUUGUGCCCGCAAGAAUUCUGGCCAGCCUGCUGCCUUUGAUAAUAAUAAUAAUACUACUACUAAUAAUAAUAAUAAAUUUUAUUUAUACCCUGCCCUCCCCAGCCAAGGCCGGGCCCAGGGCGGCUAACAAGCAAUAAUAAAAACAAGUUGAAUGAAUACAACUUAAAACCAAGAUUAAAAUACAACAUUGAAACAUUUGAGCAGGUGCCAGUCUCCUCGCCAUCCCUACCUACACCUUGGGGCCGGAUCCAGGCCACGCCCGCCUUCGUUAAAUAAUGCACCUCGCCCUGCCGGAGUUUUACAGAUGUUAAAUAAUGCUUGCCAAAGAGUUUGCGCUUCCGAGAUGGGGCAGAGCGUGCGUAUCUGUGGGGAAUAUGCAAGGACAAGUCCCGCGCGGCUUCCAGACGCACCCUUGUUUUGGGUUGGGUGGUCCAGCGAUUUUUCUUUUUUUCCCUUUUCCCAGAGCGCCGAGGGGAGAAGGCUGAGGAGGCCUUGGGAAAGCUGCCUAGCUGGGUGUGUUUUGCAUGCUUUGGAGAAGAAAGCGCAACUGGGGUGUAAGAGGGGAGGGUGGCAGCAAUGGCGGAGGCGUGGGUUGAGGGGAGGGGGAAAAAACUUUGGGCUGCUGUGCGCAAGUGCAGGACGCACCAGCUAAGCCCAUCUGCCUUUCCCAUCCGAAGGCUUUGUGGAAUAAGGGAACUGCACAGCAGAAAUGUUGGGAAUGUAGCCCGAGGACUCGGGAAGGGGUUGGGGAAGGCAAGUUCGGGCUAGGGAAAUCCCAGGGAUUUAGCGCAGGUGUGAACAUUGGUGCGUGUGUGAGAGAGAGACACCGAGGAUAUGAAAAUAUGCAAAAGAACAAAGCAAGAAAGGGGGUGAUGCUAUCUUCCUAUCCGCCACCCCCCUCUUUAUUCACUGGCCUUCCCAGCCUGCGCAAGAAAAGUUGGCAACGAAACUGCUGAAGUGUCGUGUUUCCGACUUCAUAACCAGCCCUCUAAGUGCAGAUUAUAUACCGUGCAUAUUUUUUCCCCAGUCAGUGCUUCUGAAUUUAUUUGGAAUUGUUUUUUUAAAUCUAUGCAAUUGGGGUUUUCUUUACAAAAAACAAAUCUGUAGUUUUUGAAAUCUGCAAUUGUUUUUUAUAGGUGCCAUCGCUGUAGCUGUACAGUGGUACCUCGGGUUACAUACGCUUCAGGUUACAUACGCUUUAGGUUACAGACUCCGCUAACCCAGAAAUACUACCUCGGGUUAAGAACUUUGCUUCAGGAUGAGAACAGAAAUCGUGCUCCGGCGGCGCGGCGGCAGCAGGAGGCCCUAUUAGCUAAAGUGGUGCUUCAGGUUAAGAUCGGACCUCUGGAACGAAUUAAGUACUUAACCCGAGGUACCACUGUAUAUAUAUAUUUUAUAUACACGCACACACGAGUCUUUGUAUUGUAUUGUGAAAUCGCUUUGAGACGCUUCAUAGGAAGCGAUCCAUAAAUAAUAAUCGGAAGAGGAAGCGCAGUGUGUAGCCUAGAGAAUCAAGUCAGGCUGGGGAAGGCCAAGAGUUUUAGGGUCCUCUGUGACGGCCAUUGAGAUUUGCCUGUGUCUCGGGGGUCCCGGCUGCUUCCAGGGGUUAUUUAUUGCUUCUUCCUUCAUCCACCCUGCCUUUCCUCAUUUUCUCCUUACAACAAACUUGUGAGGCAGGUUAGGCUGAGAGGGAGAAUUUGAACGCAAGACUCGUCGCUCAUAGACCUGGUGCAUUCGCUAACCACGACAGAGAACAAGGCAGACAAGUUCUCAAGCAGAGUGGCAUCAAUACUGGGUUUAUGCUGGGAAAAAGGCCAAAAUUCUUGUUACAAUGAUUUUAAGACAGCUUGCAGUUAACUUGGGGGUUCCUUUGGGACCUUGGUUCCUGCCUUUCAGGUGCGAAGAGCUGCAAAUAUUCCCCUUUGGACUGAAAACAGGGAGUCCUCUCUCUCCCCACAUCCAGCCCAGACGCUUGUCAAUUCUUGAUCCUUCUCCUCCCAUCCAGGGAAAACGGGGGGCCAAGGACCCGGGUCUUUCUCUCCAUUCCCACCCCCGUUAAUUAUUGCCAGAAGAUGCAAACCUCACCAAGGCCUAAAGUCAGUGGCUUGGAAGAGACUUGAAAGCAGCUCGGAGAAAACUCCAGCUCCGAGGACCCAGGAGUCCUGGAAAAAAUGCACACAUACACACUCGCUCGGUCACCCUCCCUUCCCUCCUUUUUCAAACACUUAUGUGCUCCUCUCCAGAGGCAGCUGUAGCAGAGCCUCGGGCAAGGAAUCGUAUAUCCUCAGCUGCCCGCAUUCAGGACUCUUACCAAAUUUUAACUGUGUUUUAACUGCCUUUGCCCAUCACUUCCAGCCUCUUCCUUUGUUCGCUCCCACGCCUACCGGCGAUUGUAAGCGCCUGGCAGCAGAGACCUGCCUUUUUUUUACCUGUUAGGCUCUGCAAACCCGACCACGCACAUGGAUGGCGCUGUAUAAGCACACCUGCGAUGUCAGCAAAUAGCUGCCUUCGCAGGCCUAUCUGUCUGCAUCCAAAGCCACUCUGUUGGGCCCUGGGAACAUGGAUAAUAAUAAUAAUAAUAGUAAUAAUAAUAAAUUUUAUUUAUACCCCACCCUCCCCAGCCAAGACCGGGCUCAGGGCAGCUAACAUCCAAUAUAAAAACAAAUUGAUUGGAAUACAACUUAAAAAAAAAGAUUAAAAUACAACAUUAAUGAAGCAGUAAGUGUGCCUCUGAGCACGUGCAGUGUGCCCUGUGGCUCACAGCAACCAGCCCACACGCAUCUCGGACAGCGUUCCGGGGAAAAGCCCGCCGGUUCCUCCAGACUUCCUUUUGUGCUGUCUUUAAAUCGCUGCAUCUGACCACUUUUUUUAAAAAAUACAUUUUUGCCCCUGCGAAAACCCGCUCUUUAAUGCUGAAUCGGAACAAAUAGCAAUUCAGGUUUUCUGUGGGGCGAAAGAUAAGUGUGGAGACUCGAAUGAAGUGACUUGAAGGCAGACAUCAGUCUGGCUGCACGGUUCCCCGUUCGAAAUAGCGAAAGCUCUUCUCCGCCUUUCCCCAGAAGCGGCUGCAAUCUCAGGGUCGGCGCCUCACCAACUGGUCCACCCCAGAGGCAGCUGCAACUUUUUGCGGGUGCCUCCCCAGCACCCCACCCGCUUUGCGGCAGCUGUGCAUCCCCUCUGAACAAGGGGGGCUCUGUGUGUGAUGUGGGUCUUUUUCUGUCUCGGGGCAGGGGAGGUCAGGAGGAGUUAAUUAUUUCAUUAAGGGCAAGGUGGCUGAGGCAAUCAGGUCUGGCCACCCCCCCAACCCCACAGCUGAUAGGAAUCAGAAAGCUUCUCCCUCCAACGAGCUGGAACAGGACAUGCAGUGUAAGCCGCAGGGGUCACACCGGCAGAGAAGGAGAGCGGAGAGCAGUGGGGUCUCUAAUAUUUAACCAGGAGUACAGAGAUUACAUUCCUGCUUGACGAAGAGACAAGGAGGGGGGCUGAAGAGGGGCAUGCUGGGUGAUGGGGCACCAUACAUUGAAAGCAGAUCCCCCCCCCGAAAAAAAAUAUCCUGGGAACUGUAGUUUGUUAAUGGUGCUUUGCAUUGUAGCUCUACUUGGGAGCAAACCACCAAGAUUCUUUGGGGUGGUGUUGGAGAAUGCGCUUUUAAAUAUAUGGUGUGUACACAGCCCUGGGCUCUCUUGAAUUGGGGGUUCCCAAUUGGAGCAGCCAAGCAAGAAGGGGAGAGGUAGUUUCUGCAGAGGGUGGGGUGGGAGAAAGAGAUUGUUGCCUAAUGGUUGGAAGCCAAGAAUCUUGGGUUUUCUGGAAACUGGAUCAUAAUGAGUUUGACCAGGAAGAGGUGGGGGAAAGGGAGACUUUAUAGCCUAGACUGCUGUGAGCCAGGACUCCUGGGUUCCCUCCAGUGGCGUAGGGGGAAGGGGAGGCCCAGUGGGUCAUCGCAGACGUGGAAUUAUAUUCCAGGACUCCUGAGUUCCCAACGAUGGGUGGAGGAUCUCCCCUCUCCUCUCUCUCUCUCUCUCUUUCGCUCCCGCCCUCUCUUUCUCCCCCUUUUUUCCAUUUUCUCGUUAGCUCCUUUCCUGAGCUGUCACUUUCCAUUUCAUCUCCUCGCCCUCGCCCUCCCCAAUUCCAGCUGAGCCCAUGACCCCGUUACAGGAGAGGAGGAGGGGCAGCGGGGAAGGGGAGGGUGGUGCGAGGGGAGGGGGGGCAAGAAGAAGCAACAGGUCCUACUGCCCCCCCCAAAAUGGUUCCAGACCCAUUUCCAUGAAUUGGGAGAGGCAGAGAGAGAGACCUGCUACCAGGCCCCAAGUUUUGGUCUGGACCACAAAAGAGUCACAUCCGGUUGGAAAGAAUGAGGAGCUCCCCCCCCCCCAAAAUUAAUGCAUGCACACACACACACACACACACACACACUUUGCCCCCUCUCGUGACCCUAGAGAGGUACCCACCCGCUUCCUGCUAGGCCCCUCCAUCACCAGUUGGCAUGUGUUGCCACGGCGACGGUAGCCAUUGUACCCUUCCUACCAGGAACACCCCUGGGGGAAAGGAUUGGGGCUUGGUUUUUGCAUGGGGGGGGGAAAUCUAGGAUGAGGGGCACAUGGCCGCCGUUCUUGGGCUCCCUGAGUGGAGCAUCUUGUACUGGGGGCCCCAAUGCCUGAGCUUGUUUUUUCAAGGGAUGGGGGGGGGCACCUCUGGAAAAGAGUUGGGCGACGGGGCCUCCCAUAGGCCGCUGUUGUUUUGGAGAUGUGGGGCAGGUAAGGAUCCCCCUUGGAUCCUCGGGGGGGGCGGAAUUAGGCCUGUGCUUGGGGCAGGCCUCGCAGCCAGGACUCCGGGGUUCUGUGUUGGGGAGGGCGAAGGGGACGCCUGUGUCAGGACGCCUGGGUUCCUUCAGAAGCGAUUGCAGCUGAGCCUAGUUCAUUCUCUUAGGGAGCUGGUUUCCCUGGGGUGUGGGAGAGAGGGCGCUGAGGAGAGCCCGGAUGCCUGGGUCCCACUGCGGGGGGGGGGGUGAAGGCGGAGUGUGUGUGUGUGUGUGUGCUGCGUUUGUUUUUGUCCUUGUUUCUUUAACGUUUUGGAACAGAAAGUACUCGGGCGCCAGGAAUGAGAGCCAGGUUCCCCCCUAAUGAAGUCAUCCGUACACCCCCCCCUUCAGUUCUAUAAAAGGAAAACAAGGUGUGUGCUGAUUGUAGCCCCAGAGCUAGGACUCCUGGGUUCUCUCCUCUCCAGCUUAGAAGCAUAGGCCGUUGCCCUGUGCCAAGUCAAAUCCUGGAGCCAUCUAACCCUAUAAUGUCUACACUGACUGACAGAGGCUUGCCGGGAUUUCAGGCAGGGCUUCCGGCCAUACCCGGAGCUGCUGGGAUUUGAACCCAGGACCUUUUGCAUGCAGAGAGCAGCUGCUCUGCUCUUGCCCUCCAGGAACAAGACGGCUGGGGUAGGAGACUGGUAUGCAAGGCUGCUAGAUCAGCUGUUUCCAAAGUUUGCCUUUCUCCCCUUGCCUGCCGGAGCUGUGCAAUGGGCUUGGCAUUUUGAGUAUCCGUUGGCCAAAGGUUCAAGUGUGUGUGGUUAUACUGGCAGGUCAGGGCAUGUCCGUUAACACGUGUAAGUGACUUUGCCAUAUCCCUGUUUUGCAGCGCGGAAAAGUCGUCAUUUUUCCCAUCAAGGCCCUAUUUCAUCAUGUGUUUCCCGGCGACUUUCCGCACAGCGAAAUAAAAUGACUUUUAUUUUUAGUGCUCUGUCGGUGCUAGAUCGAGGCAACCCAUCCCCAAGCGAGAAAAAUAAAUGAGCUUUGAAAGAACUACUUUAAAAAAAAGAAAAGCUUUCUCCAACCUAGGUUGCUCUGGAUGUUGUGGACUACAAUUCCCAUCAGCGGGUCCAAAGAGCAGCCCGGGUUGGAGAAGGCUGAUUUUAAAGUACAGUGGUACCUCGGGUUACAUACGCUUCAGGUUACAGACUCCGCUAACCCAGAAAUAGUGCUUCAGGUUAAGAACUUUGCUUCAGGAUGAGAACAGAAAUCGUGCAGCGGCAGCAGGAGGCCCCAUUAGCUAAAGUGGUGCUUCAGGUUAAGAACAGUUUCAGGUUAAGAAUGGACCUCCGGAACGAAUUAAGUACUUAACCUGAGGUACCACUGUAUGGGAGAAGGAAAAGUAGUGGGCAUUGUUGAUACAGAAGGGCAGCCAUGCCUAUGUUUCCUGUCGAUUCAUUCCAAAAGUUGUGUGAGGAGUGCUACGCUUUUGAGGAAGCAAAAACAAAAUUGAAGCAACGCGGCGGCAUUGGCACUGGCCAGUAGGUGCCAGCCACAUACGAUUCACGAACUGCAUUCUGCAUUAUUUGGGGAAAUCACAUUUUUCUAGGAGGGAGAAUGUGAUUUUUUCCCCCCCAAGGGAAUGCUUGGAAACUCGGGAAACCGCUUUGGUCCAUCUAGCUUUGUAUUUUCACAGUAUCUUCUCUAGUUGCAUUGCUCUGUUCAGCAUGUAGAAUGGAAGAUGGGGGAUUAGUGGAACUGACUGGGUUCUGCAGAUGUAUGUUUGAUUUGGGAUGUUGGGGGAACGGAGUCAGGGUGCUUUAAAUAAUGCCAUCCCUUAAGCAAGCCUGAGAAGGCUUGUACUGUACCUGCUGCCCACCAGCUGCAUGGCAACACAACCCCGAGGCCUUGUGUGACGUGGCCCUUCUCAGAAGUGCUCCAUUUGGCCUCUGAAUUACCGUAUUUUUCGCUCUAUAGGAUGCACCAGACCACAAGACGCACCUAGUUUUUGGAGGAGGAAAACAAGGGAAAAAAAUAUUCUGACUCUCAAAAGCCAGAACAGCAAGAGGGAUCACUGCACAGUGAAAGCAGCAAUCCCUCUUGCUGUUCUGGCUUCUGGGAUAGCUGCGCAGCCUGCAUUUGCUCCAUAAGACGCACACACAUUUCCCCUUACUUUUUAGGAGGGAAAAAGUGAGUCUUAUAGAGCAAAAAAUACAGUAUACCCAGCUGCAAGCCAACUUUGGCUCUUGCCUUAUUGCUGGUUUGUGGCAAUUCUCCUGCCCCUCUUCAAACACUGCUGCCCAGUUAAUAUUCACAUUUUUUUUGCAGAUUUUGGUGAAGGUCUGGCUCGGACUGAGCUGCCCCUGUCCCAGGUCACCCCUCGGCCGAGACAUUUGCAGGGCCAAAUGACUUAAGGCUGGAGGGUAGAUCCUAGGAAUCCCUACGGCUGCCACUCCCCUCCUUUUUUGAGCAAGGGGUAGGACCCAGGAGUCUUUUAUCCGCUGCUCUGCUAACCACACCACCACCCCUGGCCUCUUCUCCUCCUGGGCUAUUAUCUCAUUUGGCAGCUGAUCUGUCCCAGGGGGCUGGGGACAGGCGGCUCUGGGGUCAAAUGUCAACAGGUUUGAAUACAGGGUUGGAAUUCUUGGGUCGGUUCUCUGAUGGUUCCUUGCAUGGGUUUGGGGGCGGCGCAUGAUGCUCCGAGGGCAUGUGGGACCAACUGAUAGAGCAGGGAGAGUGGGGGGGUGUCCUGCUGUUUUCGGGAAGGAUGGCGCGGAGGAUAGACCAAGAAAUGCAAAUUAAAGACAGAUGCAAAGAACUUCACCCUGGAGGUGGAAAAACACAGAACUUCUGGGCUUUAUAUUUUGCGGUCUUUGAGGCAAGUUCAAUCAGUUGCUUUUAAAAUAGGAUUUUGCGUGAUUAUUAUUAAUAUUAUUAUUAUUUAAAGGGAUGUGCUAAACGCCUCCAAAUGUCAGGGCAUUUAUAAGUAGGGCUGCCAAGCCAGUUGCAGAAACCUUCGUUUUUCAGUCGCGGGAGUUUUUGUCAGUUAAUCAGUUGAUUAAAUUUGCAUAAUUUGCAUAUGGGCAAAAACAGUCGUUCUGAAGCGAGGAAACACGGUCUCUUGUCUGUGUUUUAUGAUUCCUGCAUUUUGUAUUUUAAUAUUCUGUUGAAAGCCGCCCAGAGUGGCUGGGGAAACCCAGCCAGAUGGGCGGGGUAUAAAUAAUAAAUUAUUAUUAUUAUAUUAUUAUUAUUGUCAUAGCAGACAUUAUCUUAGAGACUUCUGGUCAAAUACCUGAAAUGUCUGGUGGUAGUUGCCUCUGUAGAGAAAGUGCUCACUAUGCACAGUUUUUGUCUGAUUUUGGCAGGUGAGCCAAAAUGACUUGUCAAAUAUGGGCGUUAUUUUCAGUUGAUUGCAAAAUACAAACAAUUUUGGCAGGCGGGGGCAAUCUAGGAAGACGUGGCAAAAGGUUACAACGCUCCAAACUACACCAAAACCGACAAAAAGCUCUCGUGAUGACUUUUAGUCAAAAUGCUACGCUUAUUUAAUUUUUUUUUCACCACCAGCAACCCUAAAGCAGCCCAGCUCCUUACACUUUCACUAGGGAUGAAUGGUUCCCACAUGUUGUGGAGAUGUUCUUCCCCAGCAAACUUUUAAAAGGCUUCUGAAAUUGAUUAGCCGAACCAAUCAGUGAAUUAAAAUUUGCAGCCCUGAUUUAUAAACCUAGAAGGAGAUUUGCAAAAACGCAAAGUGGGCCAGGGUGGCAGGUCAUUGUGGUGUGUUCACCGGUCCUGCCUGUGCCUCUGGUGAACGGAGUCAGUAUAGGGCUUUUGUUCUCUUGAGAAAGGGCACCUGUUUGUCCUGGGGUGAGAGUGAAGCAAAAAGUAUUGUGUGUGUGUGUGUGUGUGUGUGUGUGUGUGUGUGUAGACCUGCCUUCCAAAACCUGGGACCAACUGUGAGUUGUAGUACAAAGCACCUGGAAGGUGCUGACAUCUGCAAAUGUUGCACAAGGUAAAGGUAAAGGGACCCCGGACCGUUAGGUCCAGUCGUGGCCGACUCUGGGGUUGCGGCGCUCAUCUCGCUUUAUUGCCAAGGGAGCCGGUGUACAGCUUCCGGGUCAUGUGGCCGGCAUGACUAAGCCGCUUCUGGCGAACCAGAGCAGCGCACGGAAACGCCGUUUACCUUCCCGCCGGAGCGGUACCUAUUUAUCUACUUGCACUUUGACGUGCUUUCGAACUGCUAGGUUGGCAAGAGCAGGGACCGAGCAACGGGAGCUCACCCCGUCGCGGGGAUUCGAACCGCCGACCUUCUGAUCGGCAAGUCCUAGGCUCUGUGGUUUAACCCACAGCACCACCCGCGUGCCUCUCAAAUGUUGCAUACACCAAUGUAAACAAUGCUUCUCUCAAGCCCCAUUUUAGCAUUGCAAAAGCCCUGUGAGGUAGGAUAGGCCAAGAGACAGGGGUCAUCCAGCAAGCUCCAUAUGGCCGGAUGGGGACUGGAGCCCUGGUCUUUCCCAGUUGCUAGUCCAAGACUCUUAACCACCUCACCCCACUGCUUGCCAUGAGAAGCUGUUUGCAGCUGGGCGUGUGAUGGGGAAACUGACAUGUUUCCAAUGAUAUUGGAAGGUGUCCACCAAAUUUCCGGUUACAGAGAGCCUUAAACCUUCCUGGCUUAAUUUAAUACCAGUAGUUUCUUCCAACGUCUGGGCUCAGCCCGUUGAGCAUUAAAAGGCUGGUGUCUCUGAGCGUCUGCAGAAAGCCUUUCCGCAGAGAAAUGUCCCUUCCACAAACCAGCCCCAACACGACUGUGUUUUCGAUCUUGCUUCUCACUGCUAGCAACACCUGUUGCUUUGCUUUCGUAAUUAAACCAAUAACUCAGGCCAAUAUAAGUUUCAAUAUUGAGAGUGGUCUCUAAUCACAAAUCAGUAGCCAGGUGUAACAAAAACUAACCCAUUCAAAAGUAUGUAUUCUGCCAAGGAUUACAAACUCAAACAGAGAUUACAAACGCAUAAGGAACCAUAACACAAUAAUUCGUUACAGAAUUAGAGAUAAGAGUUUAUGAGUAGAGAUAAGUUCAUAUUAGUCCUUAGUUAGAUUUGACGUGAAGGUCUUAGUUUCAAUCAUUGAGCAGAAGUCAGUGAUUUGAGUUUGCAAUCUUUGUCAGAAUACAGUGGUGCCCCGCAAGACGAAUGCCUCGCAAGACGAAAAACGCGCAAGACGAAAGAGUUUUCCGUUUUUUGAGUCGUUCCGCAGGACGAAUUUCCCUAUAGGCUUGCUUCGCAAGACGAAACGUCUUGCGAGUUCUUGCGAGUUUGUUUCCUUUUUCUUAAAGCCGCUAAGCUGUUAAUAGCCGCUAAGCCGCUAAUAGCCGUGCUUCGCAAGACGAAAAAACCGCAAGACGAAGAGACUCGCAGAACGGAUUAAUUUCGUCUUGCGAGGCACCACUGUGCAUACUUUUGAAUGGAUUAGUUUUUGUUACAAUUGACUAUUGAUUUGCGAGUAGGGACCACUCCCACUACUGAAACUUAUAUUGGCCUGAGUUCUUGGUGUGCUUUUUUCUUGGUAUAUUUAAUAACAAGAACUCCAACUUAUUUAACGUUGGUUUCGUAAUUAAGCACCGCGGGGUCCCCUUCUCCCUCGGGCACCCUGGGUGCUAGGCCACUCUCUUCUUAGAGAACAAGAUCCCAGGUGCUUUGAAGGGAACCUGGUUGGACCUUCGAACCGUCCUGGAAAUGGACAUCAAGCAAACUUCCCCAGGCGCUGGGGCCGCUGGGUUUUGUUGUUACGAGGGAGGCUGGUUGAAAGAAUGCAGGGUCCUAUGUAUGGGACAAGUAGCAAAAAUUGCUGGAAAUGUAAGGAAAAGGAUGGCGAUUUUUACCAUAUGUGGUGGUCAUGUAACAAAAUAAAAGAGUUUUGGGAAUCGAUCUAUAAUGAGUUAAAAAAGACGUUUAAAUAUACUUUUCCAAAAAAGCCGGAAGAAUUUUUGCUAGGCUUGGUGGGAGAAGAUAUUAAGAAGACAGACCAAAGAUUAUAUUUGUAUGCAACAACAGCAGCUAGAGUUUUGAUAGCCCAAAAGUGGAAGUCACAGGAGAUUCCGACUGUAAGGGAAUGGCAGAUAAAGUUGGUUGAAUACGCUGAAAUGGCAAAAUUGACACACAGAAUUCGCAAUCAGGAGGAGACGAAGUACCAAAAAGAAUGGAUUAAAUUCAUGGUUUAUAUAAGUGAGAACUGUAGAAAUAUGAAAACGUUGGCAGGAUUGAAUUAAUUCUUAUGUCAUGGUGUAAUUUUUAAUCAGUGAAACUGUGAAUUAUAGACUGGAAUGAGAAAACUUGCGGAAGGGAAGGACGGAAGUCAACAGCUCUAUGGAGCAUAAAGUAGGAUAUCUGUAACAAGACUUGAUGUUUUUGUUGGUUGGUGGUGGUGUUCUUAAAUCUCAAUAAAAAGUACUUGAAAAGAAAGAAUGAAAGGAUCUUGGCUCUCAAGUGUGCUCCACUGAGCCGAUUUUAUCCAUUGCUCCCUCAGGUUCCAGAACGAGGAGGGCUACGUUUUGUACCCCCAGAUUGGCGACCGCCUGGACCUCAUCUGCCCCCGCUCUGUGCCGCUGGGCCCUUUUUCCACAGAGGACUAUGAAUAUUACAAGCUGUACCUGGUCCAGACGGAGCAGGCCGAGCGCUGCGAGAUUCUCCGCACCCCCAACCUGCUGCUCACCUGCGACCGGCCCGAGCAAGACAUGCGCUUCACAAUCAAGUUCCAGGAGUACAGCCCCAACCUCUGGGGCCACGAGUUCAAGACCAACCAAGACUAUUACAUCAUCAGUAAGUUUUAACACCCUGGGGAAGGGGGGUAGGGAAACUUCCUUUUCUUUCUGCGCGUCCCCUCCGCAGACCAAAUCCCACGCUUGCACAGAAUUGUGAGGCCUUGAGACGUCUGUAGCCGUCGAUAGGUGCCGCCGCCAGUCUGGCAGGCGGUAGAUGCGGCUGAAGGAACAGGAAAUCGUGGUAAAAACCCAUGCACCACACAGGAUAUUGAGAAAGAGAGAGAGAGUGUGUAAGAGAUCCUUAAAAAUAAUGUUCAGAUCAGAGGUAGCUGAGAGGAAUUGUGGCUGCAUACACAUUGUGCCUUUAAAGCAAGGUUUCCCAAACUUGGGUCCCUAGCUGUUCUUGGACUACAACUCCCAUCAUCCCUAGCUAGUAGGACCAGUGGUUAGGGAUGAUGGGAAAUGUAGUCCCAAAAAUAGCUGGAGGCCCAAUUUUGGGAAACCCUGCUUUAAAGCAUAUUAUUUACCGAAAGGAAUUCUGGGCACUGUAGUUCGAGGGUUGCUAGGGAUUGGAACUCUGGAGGGGUAAACUAUAGUCUCCAGAAUCUUUUGAGGAUAAGAAUGUGUUUCCAAUGUUCUUUAAGGGUAUUGUGUGUAUGUACCUGUGGGAGCAGGGCUUGUGUGCUUCUAUCUAAUGCGUAGUAUAUAGGUAAAGGUAAAGGGACGUCUGACCGUUGGGUCCAGUCACGGACGACUCGGGGGUUGUGGUGUUCAUCUUGCUUUAUUGGCCGAGGGAGCCGGCGUACAGCUUCCGGGUCAUGUGGCCGGCAUGACUAAGCCGCUUCUGGCGAACCAGAGCAGCGCACGGAAACACCGUUUACCUUCCUGCCGGAGUGGUACCAAUUUAUCUACUUGCACUUCAUGCUUUCGAACUGCUAGGUUGGCAGGAGCAGGGACUGAGCAAUGGGAGCUCACCCCAUCGUGGGCAUUCGAACCGCCGACCUUCUGAUCGGCAAGCCCUAGUCUCUGUGGUUUAACCCACAGCGCCACCCGCACCCCCCCGCGUAGUAUAUGGAAUGCACCUAUUUAUCAUUGCAACUUUCCAACAGACUAAAGAGGAAGGCAGUCAGCAAAAAUUAAAAACAAUCAGAAUGAAACAAUAAAACCAAAUUAAAGCACAACAUGGGUGCCUGUUUAAAAACAACACUAAAGAGAUUGAUGUUGUUGCAUCUUAUGGCAUCUUUGUAUUUGCACUGCUGCUGGUGGAAAGAUGGGAUACAAAUCAACCAGAGAUAGAUCUCAGUUAUACGGGGAGACAAGAGAUGGUGACCAUCCUUCAGAUAUUCUUGUCCCUGGCCACAUAGGGCUGUUUUUAGGGCACAACCAGUCCUUUGAAUUGCACCCAGAAGUCAAUGACGUUGGUGGCUAGGGAUGAACGAGCAGCCCUUUAUUUGUUCCGAAAGUGCCUCAAUUCCUUUGCAUGUAUGCCCUAAGAACAGAAUGGGGGAGAAAUUGGUUUGGAUUGCAUUCGAAAGUGAAUUUACUUACCGUAUUUUUUUGCUCUAUAAGACUCACUUUUUCCCUCCUAAAAAGUAAGGGGAAAUGUGUGUGUGUCUUAUGGAGCAAAUGCAGGCUGCACAGCUAUCCCAGAAGCCAGAACAGCAAGAGGGAUUGCUGCUUUCACUGCGCAGCGAUCCCUCUUGCUGUUCUGGCUUCUGAGAUUCUGAAUAUUUUUUUUCUUGUUUUCCUCCUCCAAAAACUAGGUGCGUCUUAUGGUCUGGUGCGUCUUAUAGAGCGAAAAAUAUGGUAAUUCAGACUGCCCGGGCCAAUAAGCAAACCCAAACAUCCUUAAAAACUGUGCACGUCUCUGGAUGUCGCGACGCUGUUCUCCAGCCACCCAAAAAUGUGCUCCAAAGUCUUAGAAGAAGAAAAAAGGUGUACCAAAAUGGAGAUGUAUCGGGAAAUGUGCGUGAAAACGCAGAUUUUUGUGUGAACCAUUUGCAAAGAAAAAUGUACAAAUGGGGGAAGAAAUUGGAUGCAUUGAAUACAAGGUUGGAAAACGGGGGGAAACAGCACUGAGACAUUCUUCCAUCCUGACAGGAUCGAUGUUUUUGCACAAGGUCCAAGUGGCACGUCCACAAAACACAGCUGGGGGUGCUUUAACUGCCUGCUUCCCGUGGGCCCCCAGGCAUACCUGGGGCAGGAGAAGUGGGAGGCAGGAAAAGCGGGAACGUGCGCUUCUUGGAAGGCGGAAGGCGCCUAUUCCCUGGCACAGCGGUGGAGAGCAGAACAUUAAAUGCGCCCAUUGCUGCCAAGGAGCGCCCACACCUACUCCGUGAAUAAUCAGUCACCUUUUCCUUAACGACUUGCAACAUCCGUAGCUGCUGCCGCUGUUGGUGAUGGUGAUGUGGCGCCAUCCGUGUACACGGCGAAUUACAAAGAAGGAAAGCUCGGGUCUCUGCCCCCAAGGGGCAAACAUCCUAGGAGACAAACAGAAGGGAAACAAAGGGAGAGAGGUGGGCAGGGGGAAUAGCAGGGUGAGGGCAGAGAAGGAUGUGUGCGUUUGUUUCGGAUACUGGGGUUCAUUGCGGCUGGCUGGGACCGACGGGAGUUGUAGUUCAAAACGCCUGGAGGGCGCCUGUUGGGCACGGAGGCGAGCUGAUUCUGUUGGUGGCUUCACAGAAAAGGCAGGCUUUGCGCCUCUUCCAAGAAAGUAGGGAAAUGUGGCAACCACAGUAGUUUCACCGCCAUCUUUUUUUCUUUUCAUGGGCAGCCCCACCUGCAAUGCGUGGCCGUUGCCCAGGGUUUAUCUUGUUGGAAACCAAUGAUACCGUGUGAGGGAGGCUGGGAGUUCGGCAUUUAAAGGGACUAGGCCUUUGGGGGGAAUUUGAGGCUGACUAGGCUAUCCUAAGGCCUAUUCUAGCCCAUCUCAGUCCUCGGGGCAAAGGAAGAGGGAUACAUUUUGGGGCACGGCUGGUGAGCGUCCCCUGAUCUUUUAAGGAAGAGGAGAGGGACCAAGUCCUUUAACCCCCCCUCCCCUUUCCUCUCCCCACCCCUCAGCAUCCCUGUCUCAUCAGCUCCGGCUGCCUGGGGUGGCCCUUCAGCCAUCGCCAUGGCAACUGUCUCCUGGCAAACCUGUAUGAGCCAGCCACUUGGCUGUACCACAGCAGCCACUUUGGGGUAACCAGCCAAUCUCCACCCCCCCAGCCCCCAGCCCGGACGCAUGCGCGCACACACACACACACACCAAUUUGUCUGCUCUUUCCAUGGUGUGUCUGUGUGUGUAACUCAACUCCCCCCCUUCCUCUUGCGAGCAUAAAGCGCCCUCCCUACUCCCGUGUCGACCAUUUCUGAGAUGCGACUGUUUCUGAAGGGGGGAGGGUGUGCACCAGGGACCCCGUUUAAUGCAAAGUCCCGUUUCCUGCCCCAGGGCGUGCAAGCGAUAUCUGUGGGGUUGUUGUUUAGGGCCACGCGGGCCCAGAUAUAUGGGGUUUGCAUGGCUGCCAAGGAUGGUGGAUAGCAGUUUCCCGUUCCCUCUCCUCUCAAAGACGCACACACACAAUUUAUAUAGAUACAGAUAUAUAUAUAUAUCUUCCUCUUUCUGCCUUUUCUUCCGUCCUCUCUGCUUUGCAGCCUGCGUUGUGCCCCUGGGCAAGCAGACGAAUGUUGAAAGAAACCCACUUGACCACCCUGCGUCUCCUCCUCCGCCCAACCGGGGGGGGGGGGGGCGGGCAAGCAAGGGAAGCCAGAUCUCUACAGUUGCCGUUGUUUUCACCUUAUUUUUUAUAUUUAUAUAUAUAUUUUUACAAAUCAAGGUCAUUGCUCUACCCACCGGGCAAGACAGCCACCAGCUUUUCCACCACUUUCCCCCACCCCAGACACUGACACUUCCCGCCGCCCCCCUCCCUCAAAGCCAGGUGAUGGGAGCAUCAGGGCGGACAUAGUGGGGGUUUUUUCCAGUGGUGGUGGCAAGGCGUCGUUGACCCAGUUUUUCCUCCCCCUUCAAAUGAAUUUAUGCCCAGCCAAGCAUGAGGUAGAGCACGAGACAGCUGAGUGGAAGGAGGGAAGGGAAGAAGGAAAUCGGCUGGCUGGGGGCAGGGAAGGUGGUGGCACCAUCUAGGACAGGAAGUGAUGGAAGAGGAAACGGCAAGCCACUCAUUUAAAGCCCCCCCGCCCCAAAAAAGUGGCUGCAUCUCAGCACGUUUUGCCUGCCUUAAUUGGCGCCACAAAGCCCAGCCACCGUAGAAUCACAGAACGACAGAGCUGAAAGGGAUCCCGAGGGUCAUCCAGACCAACCCCCAAAUGCAGGAACCACAACAUUUUUUCCAUCACUUUCCCUAGAAAGCUUGGGCAGAAAUAAUCAAACGGUGAUGGCCGCGUUUCCAGUGCCAUGAGGAAAUGGGGCGCAUCGCUCUCGCGGGUGCCGAGGGGGGGCGGCUGCCACAAAUCUCCUCCCUCCGAGGACUAACAAGCCCGAGGGCACCGCUUCACGACGGUGCCAGCCCCCAGCUCCCUCCAACCUGGGCAGCCCUUGUAAAUCAUUCCAUUCGCUCAGAUAUUAUAUCCCUGGCAAGUAUCAGGGAAAGCAGUUUAAUAUUUUUAAAUGCAUAUCCAAGCUGGCCAAGCACACACCCUCUCAAUAUACCUAAGGUUAGAAGGCGGGCACCCACUAGGCCGAAAGGUGCAGUGGUCGCCGAGAGCCAAACCCUGACUUGUCUUUUUUAUUUAUUUCUUUUUUGAAACUUUUAAUUUUGGAGAGUGCAGCUGCAAAAAGUCAAAAAGGAUGUGUUGUCCUUUUAAAGAAAUCGCAGGAUGCCCUCAAUUGCCAGGAGCCCGUGGACUAGGAGAGGGGGGCUUGGGCAAGCAAGCAGGCCCCGGCCAUUUGGCGGGGAGGUGGGCACCGAGAGGGGGGUGGGCACGGCCGUCUCCCAUGCCUGUCCUGCGUCUGCAGCCUCGCGAAGGGUGGCCCCCCACCGGCCAGGCGUGUUCUUUGUGAGGGCUCAGCCGAGCGAGUCUAAACUGAACCGACGGGCCCAGCUUCCCAGAGCCCCCGGCAGCUGCCAGCGAGAGAGAGUCCCACGCCGCGCACUGCACGCGAAACACCCCCCCCCCAAAUCUCUCUCUUUCUUCUUUUUAAAAAUCCAUUAGGGUCCCCCGUUUCCCUCGCAGAGGCGGAACGAGAGAACCCGAAGGCUUCGGGAUGCCGCGUGGCAUCGCCAGCUUGGAACCUUCCGGAAAAGCACCCGGUCAGAGUCCCCGCUUCAUCAGGUCUCAGUAGGGUGGGCAAAGUCCCACCCUGUGAACACAUGACAGUGCCCAGUCCAGGAGUAACGGAUCUGCGUGUGGCCUUAUACCAGUUGCUGGAAACCGCAGGACUGGGGAAGAGAGCAUGAUGUGGCGCAAUAGAGUGUCGGACUAGGGCCUGAGAGGGCAGGGUUCGAAUCCCCACUUGGCCAUGACGUGCCCUGCGUAACCUUGGCAUUGCCGGAUUUACGUACAGUGGUACCUCGGGUUACAUACGCUUCAGGUUACAGACUCCGCUAACCCAGAAAUAGAGCUUCAGGUUAAGAACUUUGCUUCAGGAUGAGAACAGAAAUCGUGCUCCGGCAGCACGGCGGCAGCAGGAGGCCCCAUUAGCUAAAGUGGUGCUUCAGGUUAAGAACAGUUUCAGGUUAAGAACGGACCUCCGGAACGAAUUAAAUACUUAACCCGAGGUACCACUGUAUAAGCUAAACAAGCUGUAGCUUAGGCCCCGCUCUCUUGGGGCCCCCCAAAAAAAUUAAACGAAAAAAACCUUGGAUAUGCAGGUGAAUCUCGAAAAAUUCGAAUAUCGUGGAAAAGUUCCUUUAUUUCACUAAUUCAACUUCAAAGGUGAAACUAAUAUAUGAGAUAGACUCGUGACAUGCAAAGCGAGAUAUGUCAAGCCUUGAUUUGUUCUCGAAACUAGAAUCUCGUAGAAAAGUUCCUUUAUUUUCAUAAUUCAGCUUGAAAGGUGAAACUAAUAUAUGAGAUAACUCGUGACAUGCAAAGCAAGAUCUGUCAAGCCUUGAUUUGUUAUCGUUGCGAUGAUCAUGGCGUUCCAGCUUAUGAAAACCCCAAAUUAACAAUCUCAGAAAAUUAGAAUAUUCAAGGAAAUCAGCAAAACAAGGAUUGCAAAUCGAGCAAGAUUGGACCUCUGAGAAGUAGAAGCAUAUCUCACUUUGCAUGUCAUGAGUCGAUCUCAUAUAUUAGUUUCACCUUUGAAGUUGAAUUCCUGAAAUUCCACGAUAUUCUAAUUUUUCGAGUUUCACCUGUACAUUUCCAAAAUAUAAGAUACAAAACAAAUAAAAUAAAACCUACAGACAGCAACAGUGUUUUGUGUUAUGUAGGCUCCUGUGAUGUAAGUCACGGGCCCCGCCUGCUCGCCUGCUCCCUAAAAUAUCACUGGUUUGCUCCUUUCUAUAUAUAGGGUGCCUACAUUCUGCAUGGACUGGUUGCAGGGCAACUUGGGCAAAUGGCUUGAGAUACCUAUGAGGUCCAUCAAUUACCAUAUAGCAUAUAUUCAUCACAACAAACAGCGACAAUUUGUUGUUGACAAAGGACAGCUGGACAUAUAAAGGGCCCCAAUACCUUGCUUAGGGCCUCAUCAAACCUAAAUCCGACCCUGGACCUUGUAGUCAGUCACUUAACCUACCUCACAGGUAGGUUGUGAGGAUGAAAUGGGGAGCAAGAGAACCAUGUGCACCACUUUGAGAUCCUUGGAAGGCAAAGGCGAUAUAGAAAUGUAACAAACGAAUAUAUUUUUUUUAUUAUUUUGCCGGCCCCAACAUCCAAAGCGUGACAUCUUUUGUGCGACUGAUGUGCCCCACGCCCAGUCAGGGCCCGCUGAGACAGCCGCCUUGCUACCUUUUUAAAUUUCAUUUUUGUUCUGCAGGUAGCACCAGGUAACAGGGCUCCAGCCACCAUUUUACUUUCCCACAGGGCUUUGGAGUGAUGCUCUGUUGGGGUCAUGUUGGGAAAUCAAAAUGGCGGCUGCUGGGCCCAACUACCUGGGGCUGGUUGGCCCUGCAACAACAACAACUCAUUAUUUGUACCCAGCCACUCCGGGCGGCUUCCAGCACAUAACGUUAAACCUUAAACACCGUAAAACCUUAAUACGGGGCUGCCUUCAGACAUUUACUAAAUGUUAUAUUAUUUUAAAAGGUAAAGGGACCCCUGACCAUUAGGUCCAGUCGUGGCCGACUCUGGGGUUGCGGCGCUCAUCUCGCUUUAUUGGCUGAGGGAGCCGGCGUACAGCUUCCGGGUCAUGUGGCCAGCAGGACUAAGCCGCUUCUGGCGAACCAGAGCAGCACACGGAAACGCCGUUUACCUUCCCGCCGGAGCGCUACCUAUUUAUCUACUUGCACUGGCAUGCUUUCGAACUGCUAGGUUGGCAGGAGCAGGGACCGAGCAACGGGAGCUCACCCCGUCAAGGGGAUUUGAACCGCCGACCUUCUGAUCGGCAAGUCCUAGGCUCUGUGGUUUAACCCACAGCGCCACCCGCAUCUUGGGAAGGCAUUCCACAGGGUAGGGGCCACUACCGAGAAGGCCCUGUUGUUGUUGUUGACAUUAUUGAUAAUAUUUGUAUACCACCCUUCAUCCGUAGAUCCCAGGGCUGUUCACAGCAUUAAAACACAAGCUAAAAAACACAAAAUACAUAAUGAAAACUCGAACAGAAGCAAAGCAGUAACCCUCCACCCGUACCAAAGACACGUUUAAAACUGAAUCGGAUGUCAAUCAGCCCAAGGUCUGGUUGAAGAGGAAUGUUUUUGCAGGGCACCUAAAAGUGUAUAAUGAAGAUGCCAGCUGAACCUGGGGAGAGCAUCCCACAAAUGCGGGGAUUGGUCAACCCUAGCCACACAUUGCAUAGGAGCCGGCCCAAGACAUUUUGCCGCCUGAGGCAGAGGGCAAGAUGGCGUCUUCCUCCAUCCCAGGCAUUGAGGCUGCGGCAGCUGCUCCAAUCUGCCCAACGCUUGAGCCGGCCCUGCGCCAUAAUUCGGAUUAAACCGCCUGAUCAGAGCGGGUAAGGGUGGGGCUGAUAGGUGCUCCUACCCUCGGCCAGGGGUCGAUCUAAAUCAGCGUCCCCCAACCUGGCGCCCUCUAUAUAUUUUGGACCACAACUCCCAUGCCCAGUGGCCCUGCUGGCUGCGGCUGGUGGGAGUUUUAGUCUGAAAUAUCUGGGGAAAGCUGAUCUAGGCGGCCUCUGGGUUUUUCUCCCGUGCUUGCAAUUCUGUGAAAGGAAAGCUGUGAGGAAUUCACCUACUACAACAACAACAGCAGCAUGAUUUAACCUCACGAUAAUUUAGUUAGGUUUCAGCUGCCAGUCCUUCUCACGGUUUAUCUUGCUAACACAGGCACCCUUGACUGGUAUUUUUCACAGAACAGCGAGUUUGUGGGCUGAGUUUAAAGCGGAGGACUCCGCAUCUAAUUCUAUUUUUAUUAUUAUUAUUUUUUUUAAAUGUUCCUGAGAUUUCUUCUCUGCCUUUCAGGGGCUUAUGCCCCACUUGAGGCGGCUUACGUAAAUUAAAAUCGCCAUCGCAGGGGGAAAAAAACAUUUUCAUAAAAUGCACACAAAAGGCAAGCCUGGAAGAUUAAAAGCAAUCCUCAACGCAGACUUAAGAACAAGACGAUGCUCUUCUGCAAUUGGGACAGAUCUGGGUCGGUUGCGAGGAGAGACGGAUGGAUUUGUCAGUUCCGGUUCUCUCAGUUUCUCAUUCUUUCAAUCUUAUAUCUGGUUCUCCCCGUUUCUGCAGCAAUUUGCAGAUUUUUUUUUUUUUAAGAAAACCUAAUGAAAAUUGACCAGCAUUUUUGUGUGAAUUUCUCCUAAUAAACCCAUGCAGUUUUGACUAAUUUUGCAAGCAAUUUACCCCAAGGAAGCACAUUUUUGCAUGUUGGUUUUUUUUUUGGUCAAUAUGUGUAUUUUUACGCAUAUUACCGAGUGUGGCGUAGUGGUUAGAGAGUCGGACUCAGGCCUGGGAAAGACUCGGGUUCAAAUCCCCCCACUUGGCCACAAAACUCACUGGGUGACCUUGGGGGGGCCGGUCGCUGCCUCUCUCGGCCCAACCUACCUCACGGGGUUGUUGUGGGGAGUAAAUAAGGAGGACGAGAGCCAUGUGCACCACUUUGCGCUCCUUGGAGGAAAAAGGAUGGGAUAUAAAUGCAAUAAACAAUAAUCGGCGCAUUUUUGUGAACAUUGGAUGGAGAAUUUGGAGAGGUUUGUGAGGUUCGCCUUGGAUCGCGAGCAGAAUUUACCGUAUUUUUCGCUCUAUAAGACACACCAGACCACAAGACGCACCUAGUUUUUGGAGGAGGGAAACAAGAAAAAAAAUAUUCUGAAUCUCAGAAGCCAGAACAGCAAGAUUGCGCAGUGAAAGCAGCAAUCCCUCUUGCUGUUCUGGCUUUUGGGAUAGUUGCGCAGCCUGCAUUUGCUCCAUAAGACGCACACACAUUUCCCCUUACUUUUUAGGAGGGAAAAAGUGAGUCUUAUAUAGCAAAAAAUACAGUAAUUUCUCCUUCUGCUAUUCUGGGCAAGCCUGAACUGUGGGUUUGGCUGCCCCAUACCAGUGGUUGUGGGGCACCCAGGGAGGCUGCCCGCUUGCCAAGAUGGCUGCUCUCUCUCUCUCUCUCUCUCUCUCUCUCUCUCUCUUCUUUUUUCCCCCUCUGUAUCCCCAACAGACUUUGGCAGAGCAGGUGCGUCAAAACGCCCCUCUCGCCUCCACAGCCUCUGGCUUAUUAACGGAUCACGAGGGGAACUUUUGUCUGUGCAAACAUUAAACAUCUUGUUUAAAUAUUAAGUGACCCAGCAGAGCAUCCUUUGGAAAGGCAGGGCUGCGUCGGGUUUGUCUGAGAGCGCUGAGGGGGCUGCCGGGUUAGGUGUGGGGGGGUCUGAGUUGCUGGGUAGGAAGGUUGGGGAGCGGCCGCCGAGACCACAUAACACCAGUCUUGAAAGACCUACAUUGGCUCCCAGUACGUUUCCAAGCACAAUUCAAAGUGUUGGUGCUGAUCUUGAAAGCCCUAAACAGCCUCGGUCCAGUAGACCUGAAGGAGCAUCUCCACCCCCAACGUUCAGCCCGGACACUGAGGUCCAGCUCCGAGGGCCUUCUGGUGGUUCCCUCCCUGCGAGGAGCCAAGUUACAGGGAACCAGGCAGAGGGCCUUCUCGGUGGUGGCGCCCUCCCUGUGGAACGCCCUCCCACCAGAUGUCAAAGAGAACAACAACUACCAGACUUUUAGAAGACAUCUGAAGGCAGCCCUGUUUAGGGAAGCUUUUAAUGUUUGAUGCAUUACUGUAUUAUAAUAUUUUGAUGGAAGCCACUCAGAGUGGCUGGGGAAGCCCAGCCAGAUGGGCGGGGUAUAAAUAAUAAAUAAUAAUUAUAAUAAUUUAAUAAUUAUAAUUAAUUGGGGGACACCACUGGAACCCCCAGGGACGUGGGUGGUGCUGUGGGUUAAACCACAGAGCCUAGGACUCGGUGGUUCGAAUGGGGUGAGCUCCUGUUGCUCGGUCCCUGCUCCUGCCCACCUAGCAGUUCGAAAGCACAUCAAGUGCAAGUAGAUAAAUAGGUACCGCUCCGGCGGGAAGGUAAAUGGCAUUUCCGUGCGCUGCUCCGGUUCGCCAGAAGCGGCUUAGUCAUGCUGGCCACAUGACCCAGAAGCUGUACACCGGCUCCCUUGGCCAGUAAAGCAAGAUGAGCACUGCAACCCCAGAGUCGGCCACAACUGGACCUAAUGGACAGGGGUCCCUUUACCUUUACCUUUACCUUUUACUGGACCCCCCACAUCAGCUCUUUAAUACCACAAAGUCUUGGGCGAUGAAAGGAAUUCAAAAUGGCCCUUUUUGAAGCCUAGGGCCUCUCCCUGCACCCCAGGCAGGAAAAGCCUCCCAUCUUCCACCUCCUCCGGUCUCCGUCCAAGGCCUCCUGAGCUUUCCCUCGCAGCCGGCCCAUGAAUUUAUUAUUUAACACCCAUGCCACCCAUCAGUAUUCUCUGGGCACCUUGCACGAGAAAAACAGAAGCAAGCAUCGUCACGAGUUGGUAGCAAAACUCGGAAGGGAAUAAAAUGGCAGAAUAAAAACAACUGCAACCUGGCAGCCGUCACCGCCGUUUCUAGCAAUUAUAGACUUGGAGAAAUGAAUUUUUUAGAAAGGUGUAUUCGCCUAGCUCUGAAAAGAUAGCCAAGAUAGAGAUGCCAGGAAGCCCGGCUGGGGAGAUGUCUCCAAGGGCAGCCCCGCAUACUGUACAUUACAGCAGUCUGGCUGUAACCCAUAACUAUGGCUAAUUUCUUUCUCUCUCUCUCUCUCUCUCUCCUGCCCCACAGCAACUUCAGAUGGUACCAAGGAAGGGCUUGAGAACAUGAAGGGCGGUGCCUGCCUCUCCAAAGGCAUGAAAGUCGUCUUGAAAGUCGGGCAGCGUAAGUCGUCGGGGGCGGGGAGAAAGAAGAAUCCAGAAAGUGCAUCUUUGUGGGAGAAGAUCUGGGUGUGGGGAGAUGACCCAGAUGUCCCUGGGAGGGGAAUAGGGGUCCGUUGCAUGAGAGCAGAGCAUUCUGGGAGCCAGAACCUCUUCAGGAAGAGAGCGGGUUAGAACGGGGAAUCCUGGGAAUGAGGAGGACCCCCGUCCCCCGGGAGAAGGGUGGGGGAGAGUGCCAGGGCCAGCCUUCGCCAACCUGGUGCCCUCCAGAUGUUUUGGACCGCACGCUAGCUGGAUGAAUGAUCCUAGUUUAAAGGUCCCGGGCCCUAAGGAAGUCAGAUUAUCCUCCACCAGGGCCAGGGACUUCUCAGUGAUGGCUCCGACCUGGUGGAAUGCUCUGUCCCAUGAGACCAGGGCCCUGCAGGAUUUAACUUCCUUCCGCAGGGCCUGUAAGACAGAGCUACUCCACCUGGCUUUCAAAUUGAAUUAGCCUGAUCUUUUAUUCCCCUUCCUUCCCUCCCCCUUCCCCUUUUUAUGAAGAUUACCCGCUCUGGGAUCCCACAGCUAAUUCUCCCUUGGUCUCAUCACUGGCCCAAAUAGGACUAAUUCAGCCAGCUAGCCCUGGUGAUCAUCUAAUGUUUAUUGGAUGGAUUUCCCCCCCUAAAUUGAUUUUUGAAUUCUGAACUUAUCGUUAUUCACGUUUUAUACUGUUUUUUGUUGCAUCGCUUAAGUGUUUUAAAUUUGUUGUUAGCCGCCCGGAGCCCAGUUUUUGAACCGGGAAGGGCGGGGUAUAAAAGAAAAGUAUAUUAUUAUUUAUUAUUAAAACAUCUGAGCUGUGCCGGGUUGGCAAAGACUGACCUUGUGCCCACCCCUUCACUGCCACCGCUGCAACAGCCAGGACUCCUGGGCACUUGGGCCUGUUCCUCGUUCCCUCUGCAAAACCCUCUAGAUUUGGGAACAUGGCAUGAGUCAGACCCACAGCUCCUGCUGGAACUCGGAUGAGCUCUUGACCGUCCAGUAAAUGGGGAUAUGGGGGGCAGGAGUAGAUUGGGGUGGGAGCAAGGGAGAGGAGGGGGAGUUGAUCCUACCAUCCUGAAUGUCAGCCCCUCUUGCUUUCCCCUUCUUUUCUCCCACCCCUGACUGUUUCUCACCCCCUGUCCUACCUGGGCAAAUGUGCCCCUUGAUGCCCAAGGUCGCUCAGCCCGCCUCUCACGGAUCCUGCCCCUCAGAUUAAAUCACACAAACGAGCAGAAUAAAUGUGAGGAUUCCAGGGCGGCAGCAGGAGGAGUUUGGAGCCCGGAGUCCUGACUUUGAACACCACUUUGGCCACGAAGUUGCCUGCCUGUGGCCUGGGGCUAAGCUUUCCUCUCUCUUUCAGUCCCUAAGCACGCCUCGCAGGGCCGUUGUGAGAUCAAAAACAGAGAAGCGAAAUGAAUUUGGGGGUGAGGUUUUCUCAAGCAAACCCCCACCCCCCAUCUGGGAGGGUUUCGUUUGCUCAUUAACUUGAUAUUUUAAACCCAAUCUUGCAUUGCUCUCUAGCUAUUUAAUAAAAAUCUGAAUUUUAAAAUACCACAGUUCAGAAAUUUGGUUUCGGGUUUAUUAAAAAAAAUAAAUGCUGCCAGGCAGCUCAUCAGCCCACUCCCAAAAGGGAAACAAGCUUAAAUGAAUAGGUUAAACUGCCCUCGUUUCUGAAGUUGUGGCGGGAAAGUGAUUUAAAUGUAGAUUAAAUUAAAUCGGUGGGGAUGGCCGAGACAGAACGUUGCCAUGUACCAAGACUGGGAGAGGGGAUGCAGGGGAAGGCAGAACUAAAACAAAAUUAGGGUGGGAUGGGAUUGGAAAGAAUCUUCACUUUUGGAGGGAGAGGGAAGAUAAAGGUCAGGGUCCGUUCUGUAGCCACGAAGGUGCCCGUAAUGUCAGGUCACCUAACGCAGGUGUUUUUAAAAAGCCUUAUUAUUGGCAAAAAAAAACCCCGCAGGUGUGCUGGCUGUUUCUGGCAGCGGCUGGGCAGGUACUUCCACCUGGCUGCCUCCCUCGCCAGGUGUGAGCUCAGGCUCCGCCCACAGGUGACCUCACCGGCUGCUGAGCAUCAGUGUUGAGAGCACAACCUAGUGGUUCCUGUGUGGUACUGCAGGUUCCUUCCACCACACCCCACGCCCUCCUGCUUUGUAAGAUUAAAACCCUGAAGAGAAUGUGAAGCCCUUUCCCCCCCCUUACUUUUAACUCUGGCAAUUUUUUUCAAUUUUUUUUUUUUUUGAGCUGCAGAGGCAUGCAGGCACCCGAAGCACACAGAACUCCCUAUGCUCCUUUUCCGCCUGGUUGCGGAAUUCUGUGUGGCUCGGAAGCUGGCCUGCUUAUUUAUAUACUUUAUUUAUUUGCUCAGUUUGUAUACCGCCCUAUACUCAUCGAUAUCGGGGCAGUUCACAAAAUAAAACUGCAAUAUUAAAAACACAACAUACAUAAUCAAAACAAAGGCAACCCUAAAAUCCGCCCCCCUUCUGCCCCAGAGUGGCGCCAUAAAAGGAACCGAGUCUCAGUUGUGUUUCCUAAUUGCCACACGAAAAGGACAGGGAGGUGGCUGAAAUCUGACGAAAUUGUUUCACUGUUUUUGGAGUCCGUGGGGAUCGUUUCCUUGUUGUCGUUCAUUUCAUUCUUCUUAAGUUUGUGUGUUUUUGCUCUGUUUUUACCACGCCGCACUGCUAAAGAGCGCGUUGAUUUUAUUAUUUUAUUCUUGGGUUUGUGCGUUUGUGCUCUGUUUUUGCCGCUUCGCCCCCAUAAAUUGGGGGGCUGAAUGUGUCUGCCCCUACCUGGGUCUCUGCCCCACCCUCCCCCAGCUCCCACCCCCACUUGCCAUCUCUCGGCCCUUCAGAACGUAAAAAGAGCUUGCUGGAUGAGACCAGGGGCCCAGCUGCUGGUAUCCAUUGCUGCCCCCCAAGUGCGGAGGACAGAGCAUAGUCAAUGUGGCUAGGAGCCAUCGAGAGCACUCUCCGCCCCCAUGAAUUUGCCUAGUCCUCUUUCCAGUCCUCAUUCCAAGAUGGCGGCUGCCGCCGCCUCUCCCCCCCGUGGGAACCGGGUUCCGUAGUUUUAACUGUGCGCCCUUGCCCCCCCCCAGAUCCCAACACGGGCUCCAAAACCCCGAAGUCCGUUCCAGACACGCCUACCGAGAAGGAGAGAGGGACGUCUGGGGCAGCCGAGCCCAGCAAGGAGGUGAACCCAGGUAUGCCCUGACCCUACAACUCCCUCUCUGCCCCCCAAGCGCAGCCACGAGAGGAGGGAGCCCCCCUGCACCAAAACCCUGGCUCACAUACCCCACACACUGCCCCAUGUUUUCCCUCCACGUUUCUCACUCCCUAACCCCUCCCUCCCUCUUGCCCCAAGGCACAGUAGCCCCAGUGCCCUCCUUUCCCAAGAGGCUCCCAUGGACUUGAGGGUCCGGGGAGCGAGAUUUGGGGCAGCAUCCUGCAUUCCACAAAUGCCUUCUCCUUUUGGUGUGUAGGAUCCUGAGGCCUGAGCAGAGAAGGGCCUUUCCCCCAGAGUCCAUUGUUAAGGGAAGAGAAGCCUGCAGCCUCCUGGCGAGUAGGCGCAGGACCCAGGAGUCCGAGUUCCCAGAAUCCCCUGCUUUAAGGCAUUAGGCACCCUCCUCCCCCCACAAAAAUCCAGCUCAAGAUGGCAGGCGUCGUUGGCUGGGGUUGGGAUGAGUUCUGGUCCAAAGCAUGCGGGGGAAGCCAUUAAUAUUAUUAUUAUUAUUAUUAUUAUUAUUAUUAUUAUUAUUAUUAUUUUCAUGGACUGGCUUACACAAAUUGAAAGAAGGCAGAAAAAAUGCAAAAAUAAAAAUAAAAGAUGACCCAUGACCCCCAAUUCUGCUGCAGUGGAAUGAGAUGGCUUCUCGUACCCCAUUUCCGAGAGAACCCCGGAGUCCUGGCUCCUGCCCCUCCUCCUCUUCCAACCUCUCCUCGGAGAGCCCAGGAGUCCUGGCUCCCAGCUCUGCUCACAUCUUUGUGGGGAGGGGGGAAGGAGACCAGGACAGGGGUCCCGUGGGUCAGCGUUUGGGGCGCACCUCCUUCUCUGCUUCCCCCUUCUCCCCGGGAUCAGUCCACGUCCGGCCCUGACAGGCCCAGACGGGGGGGGGGGACGACUGAAGACGAGGCUUUGCGGCGGGGGGGACUAGCUCCUUGCAAAGUGUUUUGUUCUGCCUGUCUUCCGUGUCGGGGACAGAACUGGGAGCCGGGAGAGGGGGCCCCCGGGCUUGAGGUUUAUUGAUAGUGAUGGCUGAAAUGAACCCUGCCGAGCCGGGCUGGGGGGAGGUAUCGAGGAGGCAAUUAGCUCCAUUAACCAGAGUCGACAGACACUAACGAGGACCUUCCCUCUCCAGGCAGGCCCCGCUUUGCUAUUUGAGCGCCUCUCCGCCAACCAACAGGUUUCCAGUUAUUCCUCCGCUCUCCGUAUACCGAAUCGGACCAUUAUUAUUAUUGAAGAAGGUCCAUUUCGGAAGUUGCAGGCUACUGCUUGAGCCAGGCUGUGUGGGGCAGCCACCCCCUGGAUGGGUCAUGCCAGCUAGGCCUGCCCCCUUGGUGCCCACUUUCCGUACAGAACAGAUGCCCAUGCGAGGGAGGCACAGCUGCAUUCAGGAAGACCUCACUGAGAGCUAGAAUCUUGCGCAGCGCGGAAGCCUUCCUGCAUGCAUUGUGCAGCUCUGCGCAUGAAGGCUCUGGCCAUCUUGUGUGGCCGCCAGGGAGGCGCAUGGCUGUUUGGCAAGGCCUCGCCCCCUGCUCACGCACCAGCCUUCCCCCACGCAAGUAUAACCUCUGAAUGGGGCAACGGAGCAGGUCUGCCUUUCUUCCUAGAGCUGUAGAACCAGAAGCAUAGCUGUCAAUGUUUCCCUUUUUUAAAGGGAAAUUCAGUUAUUCCAAAUAGGAUUCCUCACGGGAAAAGGGAAAAGUUGACAGCUAUGACCAGAAGGGACCCAAAGAGUCAUUCAGUCCAACCCCCUGCAAUAAUAAUAACAACAACAGUAAUUUUUUUACAUUAAUGCUCGGAAACGUAUGUUUCCGAGAACAAUUCAAAAUUCUGGUGUGGACCUUGAAAGCCCUAAACAGCCUCAAAGGCCCAGUAUACCUGGAGGAGCGUCUCCACCCCCAUCAUUCUGCCCGGACACUGAGGUCCAGCACCGAGGGCCUUCUGGUGGUUCCCUCCCUGCGAGAAGUGAGGUUACAGGGAACCAGGCAGAGGGCCUUCUUGGUGGUGGUGCCCGCCCUGUGGAACUCCCUCCCAGCAGAUGUCAAGGAAAUAAACAACUACAGUGGUACCUUGGGUUACAUACGCUUCAGGUUACAUAUGUUUCAGGUUACACACUCUGCUAACCCAGAAAUAGUGCUUCAGGUUAAGAACUUUGCUUCAGGAUGAGAACAGAAAUCGCGCAGCGGUGGCAGGAGGCCCCAUUAGCUAAAGUGGUGCUUCAAGUUAAGAACAGUUUCAGGUUAAGAACGGACCUCCGGAACGAAGUAAGUACUUAACCUGAGGUACCACUGUAUCUGACUUUUAGAAGACAUCUGAAUGCAGCCCUGUUUAGGGAAGUUUUGAAUGUUUUAUUGUGUUUUUAAUAUUAUGUUGGAAGCCGCCCAGAGUGGCUGGGGAAACCCAGCCAGAUGGGCAGGGUAUAAAUAAAUUAUUAUUAUUAUUAUUAUUAUUAUUAUUAAGCAGGAAUUGCAUUCUGAGAGCGGCCCAAGGUUUUCCAAAGGGUGCAUGCGCACCAUGCAUUUAAGGCACAUGACUUCCACCCAAGCGUCCUGGGCCCCGCUGUUCCCCUCUAGCAGAACUACGAUUCCCAGCGCCAGUAGCAAACUACAGUUCCCAGGCGUCUUUGCAGGAAGCCAUGUGUUGUGCACACGUAUGGGGGGUGUGCAGUCCAAGCUCCACCACACCUCCCCACGUGGAGAUCUUUUCACUGGGGCCAGGGGGGUGAACUUGGGGGCCGCUGUAGGGAGAAGCCAGCCUCUCAUUUUGAGGCUGCGUCUUCCCCCCACGGCCUGGUUCACGCCGAAGCGAAAGAAGCAGCGCUCCUUCUGCCUGUCUUGGCUGCCGGCAGGAAGUGGCUUAGGAAACAUAACCCAAAAGAAACACUUUGGGCAAUACUGGCGAGGGGGGAAAGGCAAACAGUGUAACUCAAAUCUCCUUUUCACAGGGGAAGAAAACUCCAGUUCGGAGGAGGAAAUCAAGGGCUUUUUCCUGGAUUGAACAUGUCAGGGUGGGGUGGGGGUGAGCGAGGUGCUUGCUUGGCUCUCCUGCGGUGCUGAAUCGUGCCCAAAAUAGACUAAAAAGCUAGCUGGUCAGGAAAACAGGUCAGCCCAGACAUCUCCUUGUCAUGCUAGAUUUCUGCAAGCAGGGAGACUUUCCCCACGGAGGGGACCCAUCACCCUCCGCCGCUGACGUGAUAUAAUCCAGAUCACAGCUACGGGAAUCUUUUCUUUCUUUCUUUUUUUCACAGCCUGAGAGGCAGAUUUCCUUCUGGGGAGCCACCCAUUGGCCACUUCCAGUGGUGGGCGGGGCCAGGGACAAAAGUAGGCGGGGCAAUGGAUGCAGAUGUUGUCUUUGCGCACUAGGCCAGCUUGCACAACUGCUCCAGCGCCAUCUCUCCCCUCCACUCAGAUGAGCGAGGGGCAUUGUAGAGACCCAAAGACUCGUUCUACAGGGUUGUGACCUAGAAACAGCCUUUCACCCCUCUUCUUUCGAACGUUUUACCUGCCUUAUAAAAAUAAGUAAGACUCUCACAAUGUAAAUUAAAUUAAAUCUUCCUGCGUUGCAAGGGGUUGGACUAGAUAACUCUUGUGGUCCCUUCCAACUUCUGUGAUUCUAAAGCCAUUCGAACAGAACAGACCUGUACAAAUUCAGCUCCAGGGUCCCACGACAGGAAACACCUUAGCGGUCACAAAAGUAGAUUUAGGGAAGCGCGAUCCGUUCGCCCACAUUGGGCGCUGAGCCAAGGGAGCACUGCAACAAAGAUGUAGAACGGAAGAGGGAGGGGUGCUGAAUUUUAGCGCCACUGAAAUCUGAAAGCCCGAAUCCCGCCAGUGUCAGUCAGAGGACAGACUCGAGAGUUGUGUCAACGCACCUCUGUUGGAAGAGAGGUCCACGGUUUUGGGGCCAUCACAGAGGAGGCCCCGGACUGCAGGGGUGGGUGCUGCCCACCCUUAAUGUCAGUGAGGCCUCGGUCUGUGGGGCAGGCGAUGCCAUGGACAAGCAGGGAGCCAUUUGCUUAUUCCAGGCACCCCCCCCAACUUGGCCCUCCAGCUGUUUGGGGACUACAACUCCCAUCAUCCCUAGCUAACAGGACCAGUGGUCAGGGAUGAUGGGAGUUGUAGUCCCAAAACAGCUGGAGGGCCAAGUUUGCCUAUGCCUGGUUUAUACUGACACUUGGUAAAUCAAGCAUCUCCCUAAACACUCUUCUUCUUUUUCCCUCCCCCCCUAAAAAAACCAGGACCCCCGACUGGAAACGCCACCGGGAAGGUGGGAGGCGAGAAUGGCCCCCUGCCCCAGUCCAGCGUCCCGAUCAUCGCGGGGGCCGCCGGAGGGGCCGCCUUCGUCCUGCUGGUGGCGGCCGCCGUGACGGGCGCCCUCUGCUACCGCCGGCGCCGGGCCAAGCACAGCGAGUCCCACCACCCGCCACUCUCGCUCAGCACCCUGACCAGCCCCAAGCGGGGGGGCGGCGGGGGCAACAACAACGGCUCGGAGCCCAGCGACAUCAUCAUCCCGCUCCGGACUUCAGACAGCGCCUUCUGCCCCCACUACGAGAAGGUCAGCGGGGACUACGGCCACCCGGUCUACAUCGUUCAGGAGAUGCCCCCCCAGAGCCCUGCCAACAUCUACUACAAAGUAUGAGGGGGGGGUGGGCAGCACGGCUCCCUCCUGGCGGAGGCUGCGCCCCCCGGCCAUCACCACCACACCCCCCAACGGCGGGGAGGAACCUCGGCACGGACCGGGGGGACGUUGCCGCCCCUCUCGCCCGGCCUGGAUACUGGGGUCCGUGCACAGCUGCGGGGACCCCCCCUCUACGGCAUUCAAGGGGGGUUCCCAGGAUUUGGACUUGGCCAGAGGGAAGGACCCUCCACCUUGCUGUCUCCUGCUUCUCCUCCUCUCUCCGUGGAUUUGGGCCUGGCUCAGAUGGACAGGCCGAGAGAAUCGACCCCCUUUCCGCCAGGCGCCAGAGAGUUUAACAGAGACAAGACCCCCUCUCGCCCCACUUCCGGGUGCAAGGGGGGAAGGACUGGGCUUCCACGUCGGCUGAUUUCUUUCCAGAUAGGGACACACACACACACAAAUCCCUCCAUUUCUCUCCUGCGGUGUGCCCCACAAUCCAGUUUCAAUGGAUCUCUCACCCCUGUUCAACAAAUAAAGGUGACUUAGGGCCCAUAUGCACUUCCGUUUGCCCCGGGGAAACCCAAUCUUUAGCGCUGAAUCGGAACAAACAGCAACUGGGUUUUCCGCAAAUGGCUGUUUGUUCCGAUUUAGCAAUAAAGCUCAUUUUUUCCCCCGGGGGAACGCAGUGAGGGAAAGGCUUUCUAGGCAAAGGACGAGCGGAAUUGUGGACGAGCCCUUACUUAUAAACAUCCACCCAUCGGCCAAAAUGAAUUAAAGUGGGGCGGUGUUUCUCUUUUUUAAAAAAAAAACCACGCACAAAUUUCCUUGCACAAUUUCAAAUUCUUUUUGACAACAUACUCAAGGGUCACGCUGUUGUGGUCAGAUGGUUUUGGGGGAAGCAGCAACGGGUUAAGCAUAAUGUUGUUGCUAUCCCCCCCCCCCCAGGGAAAACACCCUACCGAGACUUAAUAGCUACCUUGCCUUUCCCACCCCGGAUAUGUCCCUCAAAACUGACAUUUCAAGUAUUAAAUCUGAGAAUCUUGAAGGUUUCCAGGGUUUCUUCUGCCAAGUUACCUUUUGGCUCUGCGGAACCUGCCGUGUUCCUCUUGGUUUCUGUGAGGAGAUAAUUCGGUGGCAAACUCCAUUACCCAACUCUCUCCCCGCCCAAGAAAAGCACAAGGCCAGGGCAGGGGUAGGGGAGCCAUUUUGCCUGUCCCAUUUUGUUUCCCCCCAUUUUAGGUUCCGCUAGGGAAAGAGUUGAGGCGCCCUUUCCCAGCCCGCAUAUGUUUUGGACUACAAUUUCGGCCCAUAAAUAAUAAUAAUAAUUUAUUAUUUAUACCCCGCCCAUCUAGCUGGGCUUCCCCAGCCACUCUGGGCGGCUUCCAACAAAAUAUUAAAAUACAGUAAUGCAUCAAACAUUAAAAGCUUCCCUAAACAGGGCUGCCUUCAGAUGUCUUCUAGAAGUCUGGUAGUAGUUGUUCUCUUUGAUAUCUUGUGGGAGGGUGUUCCACAAGGCGGGAGCCACCACCAAGAAGGCCCUCAGCCUGGUUCCCUGUAACUUGGCUUCUCGCAGUGAGGGAACCGCCAGAAGGCCCUCGGGGCUGGACCUCAGUGUCCGGGUAGAACGAUGGGGGUGGAGAUGUUCCUUCAGGUAUAUUGGACCGAGGCCAUUUAGGGCUUUAAAGGUCAGCAUCAACACUUUGAAUUGUGCUCGGAAACGUACUGGGAGCCAAUGUAGGUCUUCCAGGACCGGUGUUACGUGGUCUCGGCUGCUGCGGCCAGUCACCAGUCUAGCUGCCGCAUUCUGGAUUAAUUGCAGUUUCCGGGUCACCUUCAAAGGUAGCCCCACGUAGAGCGCAUUGCAGUAGUCCAAGCGGGAGAUAACCAGAGCAUGCACCACUCUGGCGAGGCAGUCUGUGGGCAGGGAGGGUCUCAUCCUGCGUACCAGAUGGAGCUGGCAGACAGCUGCCCUGGACACAGAAUUGACCUGCGCCUCCAUGGACAACGGUGAGUCCAGAAUGACUCCCAGGCUACGCACAUGGUCCUUCGGGGGCGCACUUGCCCCAUUCAGGACCAGGGAGUCCUCCACACCCGCCCGCCUCCUUGCAGCUGAGUCAGGCCAAUACCCCUUCUAGCUCAGUUUCCUAUCCUCACAGGGACCAACCGGGUGCCUCAAGUGGGAGCUGAGUUCAAGAGCAGACCUCUCCCCUCCUGUAGUUUCCAGCAACUGGUACCCAGAGAGCACAGCCAUCCUGGCUAGGAGCCAACAAUAAUAGCCUUACACCUCCAUGAAUUUGCCUAAAGCUCUUUUAAAGCCAUCUAAGGUUGGUGGCUGUCACUGCCUCCUGUGGCAGGGAGUUCCACAGUUCGACCGUGCCUGAAGAAGGGACUUAUAUCUGUCCUGAAUCUUCCAACGUUCUGCUUCAUGGUUGUCCACGAAUUUUGAGAGUCAAGCCAGCACAGGGAGUUGUAGUUCGAAACAUCUGGAGGGCGCCAGGCUAGGGGAGGCCGGCUUAAGGAGACACAGUCAUGCCAUUGCUCACACCUGAGGAAACCUUCCUUCCCUUUCUGACACCCCCGUCACAUACACACACCCCCCAAAAAAACCAUGUUCAUCCCCUUGGCCUUUAACCCCAUACACUUCCGCAGAUCACAAAAAAAUGAAGGAGGCCAUUUCUCUGCCGGAGUUUGGGGGUCAGAGAGACGCUGGCGGAAUCCACGGAUCGGACUCGGGAUGACUUGGAAAGAGGACCGGUUGCUUAGCCGUCCGGCGGCCGUUUUGUUCGCUUUUUCGUUGUUUAGUUGUUAGAAGAAGAAAAGUCACACAAAAUGGCCACCCUUCCUCAUCUGAGAUGACGACUGGGCAGGGCGGCGGCCGUGGGGGGGUAAGGUUGUGGGGCUGUUCUCUGAGGGUCUUCGCGUUGCCCCCAUUUGGGGAGGAGACUGAAAGACUGGUUUUCCCCCUCCCUCCACGGCCAACAUCUGGCUGGCCUUCGGAAGCCGCGUAUUUUGUGUGUGUGGAGAUUUUUUCACGGGGCUCCGAGAGAGGAGGGACUUUUGUGUGUGUUGGACUUGGGGAUUGUGGCCGGGGCCCUUCCUGCCUUUGGCAGGGGAAACGGAACGAAACAAAAAAAAGAAAAAUGUGGUCUUUUUUCAGCUUUAACAGAGGUGGUUGUUUUUUUUAUCUGAGAGUUUCUUAGCUUUGUCGGUGGAAUUUUACUGUUGGACAUUGUUGAUUAUAGAAGUUCUUGUGCAGCUGGGCUUUUGGACUCUUCUCUGCUUAUUUCCUUCCGAACCACCCAGAGAAACCCACCCCCCAAAAAGCCAACUGAUUGCUGGAGGUUGCAUGUCGACAGCCAUGACAUCGGGGCGUUAAAGGAGGGGGGCUGCGACAUAUUUAUGGAGGCAGCAAUGGUUGGAGGGAGGAAAUGGAUUGUGACUAAUGUGCCACACGAGGGGCACAAAAAACCCACAUGGUUGCCCACCCUGCUAUUGGCAUUCCCUCAUCUUGCAGCCACCCAAAAUAUGGUCAUCGGCACUUCCUGGUUUCAUGUGUUUUCCGCAGGGGGUUCAUACGUGCCCCAAAU